AUGAUUAAAUGUCCUGACUGUCAUAGACUUAUCAAACGAGGUCCGAGAGAUCCCGAGAAACACCAUUGUGGCAUGAUAAAAUGCUUAAUAUGUAAAGAGUACACUCGACCCGGCGACCAUCGGUGUUACAUGCAGCCCGUGGGAAAACGAAACGAAGGUUUAUCGGACAGUGACGAUUCGUCUGAGCACCAUGAGGAUGAUGUUACGGAAGGCGGGUACGACCAAAUGUUAUUCUUUGAUUUCGAGUGUCGUCAGGAAAAUGGAAAUCAUGAACCCAAUUUAUGUGUGAUUCAGAACGAAGCCGGUGACGAAUGGGUAUUUGAAGGGGAUAACACACGGAACGAGUUUUGUGAAUGGUUAUUUAAAAAGGAACGGGCAAAUUGUGUGGUGAUGGCUCACAAUUUCCAGGGGUACGACAGUUACUUUAUUCUCCAAUACUUACGGGAGAACGGUGUCAAGUACGAUGUCAUCAUGCGCGGGGCCAAAGUCCUUUCCUUAUCCGUGGACAUGUUCAAGAUAAAAUUUAUCGACUCCUUGAACUUUAUCCCGAUGAGAUUAGCAGAUUUUCCAAAAACCUUUGGUAUCGACGAACUCGCAAAAGGGUACUUUCCGCAUCUUUUCAACAAGAAAGAAAAUGAAAAUUAUGUGGGACCGAUCCCACCCACUCCCUACUACAACCCGAACGGAAUGAGUCCAACGGCCAAAGAAAAGUUUUUAGAUUGGCAUAGAAAUUUGAAGGACAACGAAUACGUGUUCAACUUCAAAGAGGAAAUUCUUGCUUAUUGUCGUUCCGAUGUGGAUAUUCUACGGCGUUGUUGCUUGGAGUUUCGCGAACUGUUCCGUAACGUCACCGACAUCGAUCCCUUUGAGAAAUGCCUUACCAUUGCGUCCGCGUGUAAUCUAGUGUAUCGGACCAAUUACCUUGAAGAGAACACCAUUGCCAUCAUCCCACCACGCGGUUACUGUCCCGAGAACGUCCAGUCCCUUCUUGCCCAAAAAUGGUUGUCGUAUACGGCCGAACGAAACGAAAUUGACAUACAGCAUAAUCGUAAUGGAGGAGAGAAGCGUGUUGGUCGGUAUUUGCUGGACGGUUAUCACGAAGAAACCCACACGGCCUAUGAAGUUCAUGGAUGUUUCUGGCAUGGUAAGUGUUUGAAUAAACGCCUCCCUCGAAUAGACGCCCCUUAGAAUAGUAUUUUAGAAUAGUAUUUUUGUUUAUUUCUUAAAGGAUGUAUAAACUGUUACACUCGCGACACGAUGAAUCCUGUCAAAGGUAAAACCAUGCAUGAUCUUCGUCAAACGACCGUGGAAAAGACCGAGUAUUUAAAAAAUCAAGGCUACAACGUCGUAGAAGUUUGGGAGUGUGGAAUCAAACGAGAACUGGCAGAUGAUGAGGACAUGAGACAUUACUUUGAUAAUUAUGAUGGAGUCGAUUCUCUGGAGCCUCGUGACGCUCUGUAUGGAGGACGAACCAAUGCGUCGAGACUCUACCAUGAGUGCGAAGACGAUGAGAAAAUAAGGUAAGAUGAUUUUGAGUUUAAUUAUGACGUCAGAGCAACUCGAAUGAUGACGUCAUUUCUCUUACAGGUACGUGGAUUUCACCAGCUUAUACCCGUAUUGUAACGCCCUAACAGAGACAGUUGUUGGCCAUCCGAACAUCAUCACCGAAAACUUUGACGACGACAUCUCCAAUUACUUUGGAUUAAUCAAGUGUACGGUGCUUCCACCACGAGGCCUGUUCCACCCUGUCCUGCCAUACCGCACGCAAGGCAAGUUGAUGUUUCCCCUCUGCAAGACCUGUGCCGACACAUGUAACCAAGCCCCCUGCGAUCAUUCCAACAACCAAAGAGCCAUUCAGGGUACAUGGUGUCACAUCGAAUUGAAGAAAGCAUUGGAAAAAGGGUACCAGAUUCUACGACUCCACGAGGUGUGGCACUUUCCCGAGACCUCGAGUGAAUUGUUUAAAGAAUACAUUGACACGUUCUUGAAAAUUAAACAAGAGGCGAGUGGGUACCCGGGCGAAUGUGUUACCGAAGAGCAGAGACAACAUUACGUGAACGAGUACUUUGAGAAGUCGGGAAUCCGUUUAGAUCCACACAAGAUUGAGCGCAAUCCUGGCUUACGCGCUCUGGCGAAACUAAUGUUGAAUUCGUUCUGGGGUGAGUACCAUGGUUUCACUGAUAUGUUUUCUCUACAUGAUACUUAAACAGUUUCUCGUAUAGGUAAAUUUGCACAACGACCCAACAUGGUGAAAACCGAGCAGAUAAAAGAUCCACAAGUAUUCUUCGACUACCUUACCUCAGAUGAAAUCAACGUGCUUGAUGCUGAUUUCAGAUAGAAGAUCCACAAGUAUUCUUCGACUACCUUACCUCAGAUGAAAUCAACGUGCUCGAUGCCGACCUGGUGAGUGACGACAUCAUUGAAAUCCGAUACGAGUAUACGGACAAUUUCGUCAAACCCGAUGCCAAGACCAACAUGGUCAUUGCUGCUUUCACCACCGCCUAUGCCCGUCUCAAGCUUUACGACGUGUUGGACAUGUUGCAAGAGAGAGUGAUGUAUUACGAUACCGACUCAGUGAUUUUUGUCAGCAAACUCAAUGAACCCGAACCUCCCUUGGGCAACCAUCUCGGCCAAUUAACCGAUGAGCUAGGAGGUGAACACAUCACCGUGUUCGCGUCAGGUGGUCCAAAAAAUUAUUGUUAUCGGACAAACACCGGUAAAGUCGAGACCAAAGUGCGUGGAAUCACUCUAGACUGCACGGCGAGGCAAAAGGUGAACUUUAAUGUGAUUCGUGGAUUGGUGUAUCUACAUGCAAAAUGUCGAGUGACGGGGCAAGUGUCGGUGGACAUUCCGUUUAGAAUCACAAGAAAUACCCGAACCAUGGAAAUUGAAACUAAACGCAUGAAAAAGGACUAUAGAAUAGUUUAUAAUAAACGUGUAAUUAUGGAUGAUUACAGAACAUUACCUUAUGGGUACUAAGACAUAACAGUUGUUCAUUACAGUUGAAAUAAAUAUUUUUACAAAGACGGUUUGAUCUCAACGUUAAUUUCUAAUGUUCAGUUUGUGAUAAUGAUCCAAAUUCACCCCCGUUUCUUUCUCCAGUGCAUCGACCUGCUUUUCGUUUUUCUAGCCAUGUCCCACAUCAUCAUUUCUCUAGCGUUCAUCUGGUAGGUAAAGGUGUUCCCCUGGGGGGCCCGAGGUACCGUUAUACCCAUUAAUGUUUCCAGUAUGAUUUGUGUUAACAUAAUGGAGUGCAACGUCGCAUUGUCAAUAAGUGUUGCUGGUAUUAUAUUCUUCUCUAUCAAAAGUUUCAUCAAAUCCAAAGUUGCCAAAUUUCCCUCUUGCGUAAUAAUUUUGUCCGAGAGCCAGUGAGUGACAAUGUUUCUCCAAGCCAUGUUUGCUUCAAAUGAUUAGAGAACUAAAGAGUCAGUAUCUUUUAUAGGUUUUGAUUAUGGAAUAAUAUGUAAUGCAUUGAUGGACUGUCCCAUUGUGACACGGUCCUCGGUAAUGUAUCCGUGUUCGACGCAUGCAUACCACACUUUCUCGAUAAAGUCUUGGUCUGUUAUAAUUGCCUUGUCGUCUUCAUAAUACGGUACUCCGUGUCUUAUUAACUCCUCUUCGGAAAAUUCCUCUAGAAUCUUAUCGUACAGAUUAGUAGCACACACGUUACGACGAAACACAAGUUCCUCAUUAAUGAAAAAUAGUAUAGCGAUGGUCAUCCUGACGCUGUCCAACAAUGAAUGAAAUCUGUAGAGGCAUCAUGCCUUUUAUAGGUUACAAUAUCUGAAAGACCACGUGUUUCAAUGCCCUCCUGUGUUCCACGCAAAAGAUAGUUUUCCAAUCGUCCGCCAUAUACUCAAUCAAUUCGAAAUCAUGUACUUUCAUAUCGCUCAAACUUUCAGUAAAAGCCUCCAUCACUUUUGUUUCCGAAGCCUUUUCCAGAGCAUGGUCAAAGUAUAGACAUAACCGUUCGUCUCUUUCCAUCGUAAGACACUGAUGAUGCGUCUGGGACAGAUGCUCUGUCAUGCAACCGUUACAAUUUUCAACAACGAGCUGGGAGAUGAUAGGAGCGAUUUCUUCAGCUGAAACGUUUAAAAGUUUUUUGACGAUACGUUUUUGGCGAUGAUAGAGAACAAGUUCCCUAUUGUCGAUAUCUAUAGGUUUAGACAUGUUUACUCUUUAAUUUAAAGUAAUGACUGUUUCUUCCCAAUGGAAAAAACGUUUUAUAUAUGCGUGUACCUUUAAAAACCUUCUCAUAUUCGAGUGUACGUCAUGGGACACACUGCCAGUAAAAAUCCGAAGAUCAAGAAAAAUCAUAAUAAACAGAAAAUGUUUAGAAUCGGUAUAAAUGUUGGUCGCAAUGACCUUAACCUAGAGGGACAUGUACAAAUGGGGUACAGCGGUAAAACCGUAAAAAAUUACAGCCCCAUCGAAAAGACCCAGGAGAAUAGUAUUGAAAACGUUGAAGAAUGAAAGGAUUCCGUCAUUUCGCGUGUGGACAUGGACGACUACUUAUCUAGCGUUUAUUCCAAUCCAAAACGACCCGCAGGAUUUGGCGGAGUGGAUCGUUUGUACCAAGAUGUUAAGAAUGAGGGAAAGUUUAAAAUAAGUCGAAAGGAAAUCAAGGAAUGGCUGAUGAAACAAGACGCAUACACUCUGCACAAACCCAUACGUCGCCACUUUAAACGAAACCGUGUUAUCGUUGGCGGUAUCGAUCAACAGUGGCAAAUGGAUUUGGCGGAUAUGCAAUCCAUGCAAAAGUUUAACGAUGGUUAUCGCUAUUUACUUGUCUGUCUCGAUGUUUUUUCCAAAUAUGCAUGGGUAGUCCCAUUGAAAAACAAGACGGGUGCUACACUGGUCGAAGCUUUCAAGGUCAUUUUAACGUCUGGACGCAGACCCGAAAAGAUCAUGACCGAUCAAGGAACAGAAUUUCUAAACAAACAUUUCCGAGAAUUGAUGAAAGAAGAAGACAUCGAACUGUACAAUACGUACAAUGAAACGAAAGCUUCUAUCGUGGAACGUCUGAUUCGUACUUUAAAGACCAAAAUGUGGCGUUAUUUUACGGACAAGAAAACCAUGCGAUACGUAGACAUUUUACCCAAUCUGGUUUAUUCUUACAAUCACAGUGUUCACCGUAGCAUCAGGACAAGACCCGUGGACGUUACUGCUGAGAACGAGAAGGAAGUGUGGCACACCCUGUAUGAUGAGCAUAACGUAGCAAAAAAUGUAAAGUACAAGUUCAAGAUCGGCGAUCAAGUGAGAAUUAGCAAGAUGAAACGAACAUUUGAAAAAGGAUACUUGCCGAAUUUCUCCAAAGAAAUCUUUACAAUAAGCAAGCAAAUACCUCGUGAUCCUCCAGUGUACAAACUAAAGGAUCUGGACGGUGAAGAACUCAAAGGAACAUUUUACGAGAAAGAGUUGCAAAAGAUCAUUAAGGAAGAUGACGUCUACGAAAUUGAAAAGAUCUUGAAGAAACGUGGACGAGGCAAUAAUGUACAUUAUCUUGUAAAAUGGUUAGGGUACCCAAAUAAAUUUAACUCGUGGGUACCCGCUUCUGAAAUAAAUAAUAUUUAAACCGUUGAACGUGCUGUUUGUUUGUUAUUCUCAUCGGGGAUUCAUUAUGAGCGGAACACACUUUUACCUCACGCUUCCGAGCAAUGCGUCCCUGGACGUUUUUCCCGAUAACAAAACGACCGAAUAUCGUGUAAAAUUACCGCAACUCAUUGAUUUGGAUGGCAAUUGGGAAGUCGGACUGUAUUCUAUUUCGUAUCCCCACACAUGGUAUACCCUGCGGGAUAUUAAUACGGAUACUCACUUCUAUUAUUUGGGUCCUACCGAUAGAUGGAUAUCAUCUGCGACCAUAAAGUACGGCCGGGACAUUACGAAACUAUGGAAGAGUUCACUAAAGGUAUGAACGAUGCUCUGAAACAAGAGAUCGGUAAUAAUACUGACAUACAUCUAACGUACAGUGCCUUAACGGGAAAAGUGAGCGUUCACUUGAAACCCAAAUGCAAACUCGGGUUACCCAACAAAUUGUCCCUUAUCCUGGGAUUCGUGGAAAAGAGGUGAAAAUUGACAAAACGGGCGAAAGUCCUCACGUAGUAGAUUUAAAUAUCUUUUCGACGAUCUACACAUACUGCAACAUCGUUCAACCGCAGAUCGUUCGAAGCAUUCCCGUCGAAGGAAAGUAUGGUGAUAUCGUUACGAAAACGUUUACCAACAUACAAUACGUGCCUGUCCAAACGAAAUCCUUCGGAGACGUGAAAAUUCUUUUAAGGAACGACACGGGCGAUCCCGUGCCAUUCGAACGCGGGAAGGCCGUAGAGACACUACAUUUCAGACAGCAUACUUAUUUUACCUGAGAGAAUGAAUAAUCCUUACGUACGUUAUUACCUGGAUCAACAGCAAGGGCGUGGCAUGCCAGUGUUCAGAGGCAGCCCCUGGCAGGUAGGGUACGGGCUGGGAGGACUGUUCCGUACUCUUGCAAGAAGAGCCAUGCCUUUGAUCAAAACCGGUGCAAAAGCUCUUGGAAACAUUGCUCUAAAAAGUGGGACAGACUUUGUGGGCGAUGUUCUCACCGGUAGAAACGUCAAAGAAGCGGCAAAAGCACGAACCGUAGAGGCCGCCAACGUUGCGAAAAGAAAAGCUAUGAACAAAUUGAUGGGUCAAACGGGAAGUGGAAAACGUGCAAAGCGCUCGAGAAGUGCAAAGCGAACAACUAAAAAGAGAAAGGCAUCGGCAUCUACAGCCAGACGCAGACAGACCAAGAAACGGAAAACAGCUCAAGACAUAUUUGGUUAAAACCAUGAAUUUCGUACAUUCCAAAUCGCAAGAAUGUACAAAAAGCGAACUCGAUCUAUUCUCUGUGCCCCCAACACAGAUCAGUUUAGAGAAAAAACACUGGGUAGAUCAUCAGCCGGUCUCCAGUGUAGCCGAUGGUGGUAUCAUUACGUUCCUGUCUCCAGGCACUGAAGAUUAUGUGGACCUUGCUAGAACGAUUCUCGUGGUGAGAGCGAAAGUGACAAAACCCGAUGGCACGAAUCUCGGAGCAGCCGAAAAGGUAUGGUGUUUUUCAUAUUGAAUACGGCGUUUUUAAAUAUUAAUUUCCUUCUAAUCCGUUUAAGGUUGGAGUCGUGAACAAUUUCCUCCACAGCCUGUUCAAACAGGUGGAUGUCUUUUUGAAAGGGAAACAAGUCACUCAGGCUACCGGAACCUAUGCGUACCGUGCUUACUUGGAAACCCUUCUGAAUUACGGUCCCUCUGCAAAAGAUUCACAGCUCACUGCUGCGUUGUAUUACAAAGACACUGCAGGAAAAAUGGAUGUCGCGGAUCCCACAGUAGUAGGUGGUAAUGGCAACGCUGGUCUCCGAGCAAGAUACGUUUUCAGCAAAGCAAGUGGAACUGUUGAAAUGACUGGCCCCAUAUUCAGCGACAUAUUCAUGUCCGAACGUCUCCUGUUGAGUUACGUAGAUCUAAAAGUUAUUUUAAAUCGAAGCAGCGACGAGUUCUGUUUGAUGGCCUCCGAAGACGAUGCUGAUUUCCGCGUGAAACUUACUGAUGCUUAUCUCAGGAUACGUAAAGUGAAAGUCAAUCCUAGCAUUUCCGUGGCUCAUGAAAUAGCUCUGAAAAAGGGACCUGCUAUCUAUCCUAUCCGUGCGUCGAAUGCAAGAGCUUCAUCGUUCCCGCUGGAAAUCCUUCCCUAAGAAAGGAUAACCUUUUCAAUGGAUUGGUGCCAAAAACAGUUGUCUUUGGUAUGGUCGAAAGCGACGCGUUUAACGGUGCCUUAAAAAAGAAUCCGUACAAUUUUCAACAUUUCAACGUAUCUUCCAUUGGAAUAACCGUGAACGGAGAAGAAAUGCCAUUUAAACCCUUGCAGCUUUCCUAUGGUGCAGCACCUAAAUACAUCGAAGCAUUCACCACACUGUUCUCUGGUACGGGGAAAAUGUAUCACAACACAGGAAACGAUAUAUCCCGAGAAGAAUUUCCAGAAGGUUACGCCGUGUACGCCUUUGAUUUAACACCGGACAUGUGUGGAGCCUCUCCUCAUUUUAACGUGGUACAGAAAGGAAAUUUGGCCAUUGAUAUCCAGUUCUCCGCAGCACCUGCAGCCGCUGUGAGUCUCGUAUGCUACGGAGAGUUCGAGAAUACCGUGCACAUCGAUUCCGAAAGAAACGUUGUCUACGAUUACUCCGGAUGAAUACUGCCCAGAUAACCCAUGCCUUGGAACAGGAUCCCGUAACAAGCAAGAAGUUUUGUGGUGUGUUCCCUAGCGACAAGCUACCUCAGACGAUCGACAGAUAUCCGUGUGGAUUCGUUGCGAACACAGACCCGAGCAGCAAGCCCGGUACCCACUGGGUCGCCUUCUACUUUCCAUCGGAAGAGAAAGGAGAAUUCUUUGACAGUUACGGACAUGCACCCGAGUACUAUAGGAAAUCGUUUGGAGACUUUUUAAAGUCUCGCGCAUGGGAUUUUAAUAGACGUAAAUUGCAAAGUGUUUGGUCGGAUGUAUGUGGCCAGUAUUGCAUAUUUUACCUUAGCCAUAGAGCAAGAGGUCAGAGCAUGAGUAAUAUCGUACAUUUAUUUAACAAUGAUACGGUCUUAAAUGAUACAAUAGUAUCCCAGUUUGUUAAGAGACAUUUUAAGGCAUUGUUAAAACAUUCUAAUGUUAACCUUAAUCAGUUCAGUAAAAAGAUGUUUUCAAUAAAAUUGUUGUAAAAAACCAUAGCGAGUUCUUUUUUUUAUUCUGCGCAUGCGCACAAACUCGCGUCCCACAUGCGAACCGUACAUAAAAAUACCGCCCCAAAGAACUGACGUCAAUACAAAAUUGGUUUUAAAAACAUUUUAUUAUUACAUGCAAACAGUUACAUUUUUUUAAUAAGGAAGCCAUUGUUUUGGUUUCGCCGCCUGUCUUCUGAGUAAACCACGGAUAUAUUUCGCGGGACUUGCACGUGGUGAUGUUGGUGGCGAUGGUCUCGGUGGCGGUGUCUUAAAAACAACCUCUUCCGCGCCAGACGGACUGCCCAUUUGAACCUGAUUCCAUCUUUCCGUGUUUCUUGCAAUGUCUUUGGGUACAUUAAUCUUUGAUAGCCCGCGAAAGAAUUCCUGCGCUCCUUUGGGAUUAAAAUUCUUACGUGCCCGCAUGGCAUCGCUGACCAAAUCCGAUAUAUUUGAAUCAGGAAUCUCUUUGCCGUCCACUUUAACUUGACCGGAUUCGUCCCAGGAAAUAACGUCGGGUCUUGCUUUCAAACGUCUCAAAAGAGUUGCGGCUUUCUGGCGCAGGGAUACAGGUAAAUGACCGAUCACGUCCGCGUCAGAUAAAGGCGCUUUCUCUUUGGACUUCUGUUCCGUAUCCGGUGCUAUGCGGACUGUAGGUAUCUGAUCGUCCUUCUGCCGCCUCAAACUCAGAUAACUUUCCAUGUUCGCAUUGUACAAUUUCUGUUUUUCGGCAUCGGAUAUGUCUGUACUCUGAAGAAUCUCUGACAUCGCCGUAUCCUGGUGCAUCAUGUUGGCUGUAAUUGGCUGUAAUUGGGGAUCUUUUGUUUCUGCUCAUAACGAUUAAGCACGUCCUCUGGGACCAAUACCAUGCGUUUCGCAUGCUUCAUACUAACAAACUUCCGAGUACACUCAACACGGGUGGUAAGAGAGCUGACAAUAAAUUUCCACCUUUUUGAUUAAGGCGUUGCUUUUUCCGUUUUCUUGACACUUUCUUACUGGCCAGAUCGCGGACGUGUGUCUUGUAACGCGCUAAACGUCGCUUUUGACGAGGUGAUAAUGGGAUGACACCUUUCAGCAAAUUCAAGGAACAUUCGCAGAUAGCGGUGAUGACCUCCGGGGGAACGUUGUUGAUCAUGAAUUUACGUAGUCUAGGUCCGCAUGUCCCCAUGACCUGAAGAUACGGUAGACUUCCUUUCAUGCGCUUCGACAUCUUGAAAAUGAACCGUUUUCAAUACACGUUCAGCUUUUAAGCACGUUUCACAUAAACAAUCUGUUUCUCUUCGGGUAAAAUGUUGGUCCUCAAAUGCAUGUUCUCUGGUGUCAGCUGAUGGCAAUCGAUGACUAAAUAUCCAUAAGGCCUGCUCGUCGCAUCGUGAAAUGCAUCCAGAAGGUAUCCGGUAUGUUUAGGAAACAUCUGUCUGACAAGUGUGGAAACGCCAAGCGAGUCACGUGGGUUUCUAAACACGACGAUAACGUGACUAUUCAAACUAAUCGUUCGAGAACGUUCGCCUGGCGGGAACAAAUUCUGGGUAAGGUACAGCACGGACAUGCCAAGGUGAUGGGAAUCACGUGUAAACAAAUCUGAGACACGCGGGUCUCUGGAACAAUGAGACAUUAAUUCAUCGAGCACGACUAACGAAUUAUCAUGUCCGCGGGUCAUCUCGCAUAAAUUAUCGGGAAAUCCUUCCACGAGAGUCAAAUUAGGCAUUGAUUGUAACAUUUGUUCGAAUUCCUUCUGAUAUAUGCCUUAACAAUAUAUUAUUUUGGUUGGCACGGGAUUAAAUAGUUCCUCUGCAUGCCGUAACAUAGAAUGAACCAAAUAAGACUUCCCGCUUUGAGACUGCCCACAAAUAUAAAAGUUCGCUGGCGUUUUAAAUCUCACGUCCAUCGUGUUCACGUGCACAACACGUACUGUGUUAUUAUUUGACGUGUCCGUUCGUUUUAUAUUUUAAACACCUGCCUGAUCAUUCUACGGAAAAAACUCUCCUGGAUUCGAAACGCACUAAAAUCAAAACUUUUCAAGGGCGUUGUAACCAAACGAACAGCCCUGCGCGUAGUAUCUUCAGAAUCGUGCAUCAAAUAAACUAGUGUCAGGUAUGCCAUAGCACGGCCAAAAUUAGUCACGUUGAUCGUGUUAAAAACAAUAUGCAUUUCAUUAGGAUUAACAUUCACUACCAUUUGAUUGCACAACGCAUCGUGGCGCUCAAGCAAGUCAUUAAUAGCAUGAGAUAAUGUUCUCAUGUCAAUAUCAACGCCCUGUGUUUGCAAUUCGUCCAGUAUCACUUCAAUUGCAACAAAACAACAAAUGAAUACAACAACAAGUGAAACAAUUUAUUUAUAUGCAACAAAUCUCAAAUUCAAAAGGAGGAAAAAAAGGGGGUAUGGCGAACACGAAAAUGUAUAUAUAUGUUUAGAGCAAAAAUAUUGUUACUUUUUGCCGUGACGUCAUAGCACCCAAACAAUAACGGUGGCUGUCCUGCCUGGGUUAGAACGCCCAGUCAGCAAUCGGGCCAUCGGGCCUAAUCGGGCCAAAAAGUGCCAUUUCGGGCCUAAUCGGGCCAAAUAUAAUGUCCGGAACUCGAAAAUAUGUGCUAAUUAUUGAUAGGAAUUCUUUGAGCAAACAUGGGUCGCACGCGUAGGGACUGCCCUGUAUUUGGUUGUGGUAGUACAAAUCUUGCAAGGUUAGCAAAUCAUCUCGAUCAAGUACAUGAUAUGAACACAGAGGAACGCAAGAAAUGGUUGAAGUGGAGUAAAAGAGGAAUCUGUGUACCUCAACAGAGUGAAGAGCCCAAAGAAUUCAACGUAGAAAAGAGUCUAGAAAAUUUACUAGAGCGACAAGAGGAGAUGGAGAGAAACUUUAACGUUUACUUACAAAAUGCAAGAUUAAAGCAUGGAGACAAUAGUAAACGAAAAUCUAAAUCGGAGGACCACAAGAAAUGGUUGGCAUUUUAGUUUAUUACCUCGACUACGAGAAAGUACUAUUGUUGCCUGCGAAAAAGAAAUGAUGUGCAUUCAAAGUUAUGGAUGUUAAACUUUGUUAAGCCCGUAGAGCAUUAAAGAACAGAACUACUAAAUGGAGGAUGGAACAGUUUACAACGAUCUAAACUGGAGAACACUGUAAAAGCCGGACAAUAUGUUUAAGAACUGUUUAUUUGUGUAAAUAAUUAUUGUACUUUAAAAAAUAAAUAGUUUAAAAACUGAAUCUAUGCCGUGUCAAUUUAUGCUAAUGGCAUUAACAUUCAAUACCAUUUGACUGUACAGCGCUCCGUGAUGCUCAAACAAAUAUUUGACAUGAUGGGAUAAUGUUCUCAUGUCAAUACCAUUUUCUCGAAGCCCAUCUAGUAUCGCUUCCAUUACAACAGCAAAUGAAUACAACAAGUGAAACAAUUUAUUUAUAUGUAAAAAUCAUGACUGACGUCAUCAUGUACAACAUUUCAUAAAAAAUCAUCUACAACUUUAACUCGUUUGCAAAAUCAUGCAUGAAUUUAGUUGUUAAAUAACUGUUCUUAUUGCAACUCUGACCCUCUAAUGGAACUCAUGGACCAUUAGAAAAAAGUGAUAGGUUCACAGAUUGAAAAAAUCCCAAUUGUUCGUCAGGUGCCCACUCGAAAAACCGGCACGAACUCUCCUUGUCAUUCGGACAACUAAAGAACAAUCGAUCUUUGUUAAGACCUUCUUUUUUCACCUUACAGACCACACACACGGUAAUCCAUGGCGACAUUCCGGUUUCGCUAAUGGCUGCACAUCACCCCACAUCCAAAAGGAACAAGGCUUCGUCUUUUCUCCACACACGAAGAACGGUCUUCCAUAAUUCACUUUCAUCAAAUCUUUUACCACACACAUUUUCGCAAGCUUAUGAUGUUCAUCGCACUGAGGAUGAGGCUGCUCCGUACAUCUCCAAGCUGUUAUAGCUUUUUCAUACAUGUAGCCUUCAUCUUCCGCGCAGAAGAAAUUGCAGGUAGGGCUUUGACCACAAAACCAAAAGGAUCCAUUGCUUGUUGUGGAAUAGGCAGCAGGUUUUCCAUGUAAACACUUCAUCUUGUUAAGUUCUCUCUGCGAAAGCUGUGUAAACACUACGCUCUUGUAAAUUCGAAGACCUCAAUUUAUACAGUAUAUUAAAUCCGGUUCGAACUGGCAUUGUAGCGCUUACAAGGAUCAUAUUUUUUUUUUACAAUAAACGUUAUGCGACAAAUGUUAUGCGACAAAUACUUGCUGACGCCAUCUGAAAAGAUCACGCGUCAAACGUUAUGCGACAAUGUUCCAAAACUGACGUCACUCUUACCCCUAAAAACGUUGACGUCCUAUGGCGGGAAAAAUGCUGACGUCAUCCGGCAGGGAAAUCACAAGCUCAUUAGUAUUCCGCUAUAUGGGGGGGCACAUCUACUUGUACUAAAUCCAAAAUUUUAAAGAUAAAUCACUGACAGACAUUUUUCUGUUUGGCUAGUAUCAAAUGUUUACAAUACAAUAGUAUACAAUACUGUUUCUUUUAAAAAUCUUAUAAACAAGACGUGCAAAUCAUAGCAACGUUUACAAAAAAGGACAAAUCUAAUGCUUGUUUUAAAAACAUUAUAUAUGUAGAAAUGGUGACAACUGAAAAGCCCAUAAACGUUUGUUAUAAAACCGCGCUCGUAUGUGAAGAGAGCAUUGAAUAAUAAUAACACGAGAGAGCACUGGGAGUAACGAUUUGCUUGGUUUCUUGACUUGACUGUUGGUAUAGCCUGCGUGCAGGCCCAAGGGAACUGAUAGUGGGCCUGCAACCAUCGCCCGGUAUUUUGUAAAACGCCCCUUUUCAUAACACGCCCCAUUCGCGCGUCAAUUGUCAAAAAAGAACCAAUGACAGCACCCAAAUAUUAACAAACAAACUCGCAUUAAAAUGUUGCGGGGUUUUCUCUGCUUAUUCAGAACACUAAUAAACAAUGUGUAAAUGGCUGCGUUUUAAUUCCAAAACUGAAAGCACGCAACACAGUUAGUAAUUGCCAAAUUUGCAAGUGCUCAUUUUCAACUAAAAUCGGAACAGGCAAAUUAGGACGAAUAUAUUAAUUUCAACAGAAAACCAGUCUCAAACUUCAAAUCAUGAGGGAAGUCGUGCGACCACAUUAGGAUUUAUAUUAUGUGUGCUUCGCCGUCGCCAUUGGCAUUGUUAUAAAUAAAUUGUCUCACUUAUCAGAUCGUGUGUGCAAUUCUUGUUGGCGGCGGAAAGUACGAAAUUUAUUUCAUUUGGUAAAGAACUCUACAAAAGAAGAGAGCGUUCCGAGUCCAGAUCGUUUCGUUUCAAACGGCAAUUUAAUACCGCCUUCUGUUUCGCUCUCUCAGCGAAGCCUUGUAAAUCGCAAAGUGUUUCGAAUAGGCUUACAGUCCUUACGUGCAACUGCAUCUCAACAUCAACCAAAAGAUAAUUUUCUUGAGGAAGUGAGAACACAUAACGUAUCAACUGAAGUCUGUUUGAAAUUAAUGAAACUCAAGUAAAGGUUACUAUAGUUUACCCCAGUCGUAAUUUGCUAUUCCAACACCUCACGACAAGCAAUCCCCAUUGGCAUAACGGCAAAAACAUGUCUUCCUUCAAGUAAACAAUAAACAGUCUGUUCUUGUUCCAUUUGUAAUCGAAAAAGGUGAUCAAUUUUCAAAUUUUAAGCUUAUAUCGAGAGCCUUUGCCUAUGCCUUUGUGAUGAAUCACUGUUCCCUGGGGCUUGCACGCGGGCUAGGUUAAUUAAUUACCGAUCGCCUCAGCUAGCCAAUGGGAAUUUAGCCGGCGGUUCGGCCGGCGAAAAUCGAAAACAUGGGGUGAUGGUUGCAGGCCCACUAUCAGUUCCCUUGGGCCUGCACGUAGGCUACUGUUGGCAAAAAUGUUCUUGUAAAUUCAAAGCAAAUAAAAUAAACAAAAAUUAGCAAGUAUUUUGAACUUACUGGUAAUAGUUCGCAAAAUUUAUGUUUUUAACUGUUUGUAAUUUGAUACUUUCAUCACACCCCCCUCGGGCAAUCAAUUUUGGACGAGGCACGUGACCAGCCGAUACCAGGGUCUUUCCUAAAGACCCUGGGAACGAGGUUGCGCUUGGCCAAAGAUUCUAAAUUUCAUAUCCACAGGACCCUUGAACUUUUCGACAUUUGCUGAACGGCUUUAUGUGUAAACUACUCUUCGUAUUCAAGCGCUUUCGUGUAGAAAAUUUCGUUUGGAUACGGCGAGCAGAAAUAUUUAUUUUGAAUUUUUCAAGAUGUCGGGUUUUACUCGUACUUGCGUACAUUGCGCAAUAAUUGGCCAAUAAGAAGCUCCUGUGGCCGGGAUGACGUCAAACUCACGCGUGUAGGUGCAAUUUGACCUUGCGAACCAUUUCUGGCCUUUCCAGGGUCAUACGAUACAAACGUCGCAUUGUUUUCACGAUUUUCGUCCUAUUUCCGGUUGGGAUUAACUCACUUCGAGCUCACAGUCGGACAAGAAAUGGAAGUAUAUUUAUAAAAGAUACAGAUUUGAAGAUACCGGCUUGCAAAUAACACUCUAAAUAGUGUUUUUGAUGGGGAUUCGAACAAGACUAUUACAAAGACGAUAUGCAUGUUCGAAGGGGCCGAAGUUAUUUUCGGCGAAAGGUAUGGCUAGUCUAUAUUUUUGUUCAGACAAUUGCGUAAUUUGAUACAAUAGUAUCGUGUUUGACUUUCAAAGGCCCAUAAAUCGCUACAAUUUUGAUAAUGACUAUAACUAUAGUGAGGAAUUAGUUGAAUCUUUUAUUUCUGAAUCGCGAUCGAAUGGUGGUAUUUCUGUCUUCAUGGCAUGCACUGAACCGCAUAUAUGAAAUUUCUCCCCGUCAUGAUCCUCUAGCGGAUGACGAGCCUGGCUUGUGAUGUAAAAGAGUUUUAAAGAAUCAAAUUAUUAUUGAUAACAAUAUAAAAUACUUCCAAAACUCUUCAACUUCAAAAUAAUCGUCCUCUGUUGACGUGCAUCACUCGCUCUAUCAUUAAAUUAAGUGGCUAUUAAGUGGCUAUUAUAUGUUGGCUAUUAAGUGGCUGUUAAGUGGCUAUAUUAAUUAAGUGGUUAUUUUAACCUACUUUGUUCUAAGAAGGAAAAAGAGAAACGAAUGGAUUACAGAUAGCCGGCUGUCGGUGGCUAUUACUAUAACAAGGAAUGGGGAAUCGGGGAAAGGAAUCGGGGAACGGGGAAUGGGGAAUGGGGAAUGCUAAAACCCGGAAUACUAUGUCGGUGGCUAUUACUAUAACAAGGAAUGGGGAAUCGGGGAAAGGAAUCGGGGAACGGGGAAUGGGGGAAUGGGGAAUGCUAAAACCCGGAAUACUAAAAUGGGGAAUCUCUAAAACCCGGAAUACUAAAAUGGGGAAUCUCUAAAACCCGGAAUACUAAAAUGGGGAAUCUCUAAAACCCGGAAUACUAAAAUGGGGAAUCUCUAAAACCCGGAAUACUAAAAUGGGGAAUCUCUAAAACCCGGAAUACUAAAAGCCGGGGUCUCUAAAACCCGGAAUACUAAAAGCCGGAAUCUCUAAAACCCAGAAUACUAAAAUGGGGAAUCUCUAAAACCCGGAAUACUAAAAUGGGGAAUCUCUAAAACCCGGAAUACUAAAAUGGGGAAUCUCUAAAACCCGGAAUACUAAAAUGGUGAAUCUCUAAAACCCGGAAUACUAAAAUGGUGAAUCUCUAAAACCCGGAAUACUAAAAGCCGGAAUCUCUAAAACCCGGAAUACUAAAAUGGGGAAUCUCUAAAACCCAGAAUACUAAAAUGGGGAAUCUCUAAAACCCGGAAUACUAAAAUGGGGAAUCUCUAAAACCCGGAAUACUAAAAUGGGGAAUCUCUAAAACCCGGAAUACUAAAAUGGGGAAUCUCUAAAACCCGGAAUACUAAAAGCCGGAAUCUCUAAAACCCGGAAUACUAAAAUGGGGAAUCUCUAAAACCCGGAAUACUAAAAGCCGGAAUCUCUAAAAACCGGAAUACUAAAAUGGGGAAUCUCUAAAAACCGGAAUACUAAAAUGGGGAAUCUCUAAAACCCGGAAUACUAAAAUGGGGAAUCUCUAAAACCCGGAAUACUAAAAUUGGAAAUCUCUAAAACCCGGAAUACUAAAAGCCGGAAUCUCUAAAACCCGGAAUACUAAAAGCGGGAAUCUCUAAAACCCGGAAUACUAAAAGCCGGAAUCUCUAAAACCUGGAUUACUAAAAUGGGGAAUCUCUAAAACCGGAAUACUAAAAGCCGGAAUCUCUAAAAGCCGGAAUACUAAAAGCCGGAAUCUCUAAAACCCGGAAUACUAAAACGGAAUCUCUAAAACCCGGAAUACUAAAAGCCGGAAUCUCUAAAACCCGGAAUACUAAAAUGGGGAAUCUCUAAAACCCGGAAUACUAAAAGCCGGAAUCUCUAAAACCCGGAAUACUAAAAGCCGGAAUACCAUAUGUGGUCACAACACAACCAGCUCCAUAUGUGGUCACAACACAACCAGCUAGCUUUUACGCGAAUUCAAUAUAACCAUUUAUACAAAUCCAAUGUAGUUUGUUACGACAUAAUUCUCGCAACUUCUUACUUCGAUCAAGGAUUACAAAAGAUUAUAAACUCCGAAAACUAUAUUCUGCAAGAAAACUGUUAUAAUAGAAUUUUUAGCCAAUUUAAUUUUUAGCCAAUUUAUAUCAAACAUAUUUAAUAUGCAUGUAUACCAACUAAAAAGAUGAAUACACUGCCAUUACAAGUAUAGCCACUUUCAGCUUUUUUAAUAUUUUAAAUCUAGAUCGACAUUUUCCAUUCAGCCAGUUUGUGAACUCAAUCGCGUCGUUUUGGGGCAGUGUGAAAUGGCCCGAUAAAUUCUAGCAAAAACAUCAAUUCAUUUUUUUACAGUGAAUAAAAUAAUAAUAAUAAUUAAAACUUAUAUAGCGCAAAUUAGCAUGUAAAUCUGAUCAAAUGUGCUUUACAGGAAUUGAUAUAGACUAACCUAUUUACAUGCUAUUUACUAACUUAUUUUAUACAUAUAAAAAAACCUGAUUAGGCCUAAUUUAAUUUAGUUAAACGUUAAACGCAAUCUUAAAAAAGUGAGUCUUCAAAACGUUCUUAAAACUGUAAAAUUAUUAAUGUUACGGAUAUGUACGGGUAGUUUAUUCCAGAGUGUUGGAACAGCAGAUGUAAAUGACCUAUCUGGCGCCUAAUGUCUUCUUCAAUUUUGAACUAGCUAGUUGAUUAAAUAAUAUAUAGUCCACCGUUAGAUCGAAGAUUGUAUCUUAAUUGUUCCCUGAUGCUAAUUAAACUAUACAAAUGUAUUCAAGCGCAAGGCCGUGAAUCGCUUUAAAAGUAUACGAAUAAGUAUUUUAGUAACGCGGUAUCUGAUACGCAGCCAUGCAAUGCAGGGUAUAUAACACAGGAGUUAUGUGGUCAAAUCUUCAGAUUAUUCUCGCAGCAGAGUUCUGUGCACGCUGUAGUUUGUCCAGAUCAACUGAGCCUGAGGGUAGGCCAUAAAGGAGGCUAUUGCAGUAGUCCAGGCGUCCGAUAGUAAAUGCUUGAACUAUAUAGUGUUUGCGUCGAUUCUUUAGAUAAAUAUUUCCUGAUGCGCCUUAUGUUAUUUAGAUGAAAGAAGCUUUUUGAUCCACCGACAGUAAGAUGAUGAAUGUUGACUUACAAAGUUGUUGCUUGGUCAAUUACAUGCAAACCGUCAGGUUUGUGUAAAAAGGAAAAUGGAACAGCACAACAUUACAAUGAUAAGUUAUAUCGCGAUAGUAUUCCGGGUUUUAGAGAUUCCCCAUUUUAGUAUUCCGGGUUUUAGAGAUUCCCCAUUUUAAUAUUCCGGGUUUUAGAGAUUCCGGCUUUUAGUAUUCCGGGUUUUACAGAUUCCCCAUUUUAGUAUUCCGGGUUUUAGAGAUUCCCCAUUUUAGUAUUCCGGGUUUUAGAGAUUCCGGCUUUUAGUAUUCCGGGUUUUAGAGAUUCCCCAUUUUAGUAUUCCGGGUUUUAGAGAUUCCGGCCUUUAGUAUUCCGUAGCCAGCGUGGCCGGUUCUAUUGAAGGAGAGCCUGCCCGAAAGCCCUAGUCAAAUUGAUGACUCUCGGCAGCCAGCCGCCGAGAAUUGUGAUUGGCUGAAUUUACGUUAACGACAGUUUGAUUGACAUGUUACGCUAAUUUAUUCAAAUAUUUAAAAAUAAAUACAGUAAAAACAAACGGCAUCGCUAUAUUAAAGUGUAAACCUGUCGGCUAAAAUAUAAAAUUCAAAAGAGAAAGUGUAAAAUGUAUAACAUAUACCGGUAUCUAAACAGAAUACGGCAAGCCAUACUGCUAUUACUGCAUAUGUCGUAUGAUUUUACCGUAUGGUCACUAUAGUAUAUAGAGUAUAAAAACUUGGCUGUCCUUGCCUUGUUUAUAUUUUGCUGGCUGGCAAAUUACGAUUAUAUAAAACAAUUCAUUCCCCAUUGUGUUUAAUACACCAUAAUAAUACGAAGCUCUCUUUGGAGCUUUUAAAAUACAUUUGCCUGCCAACGAGUAUAACACGGGAAGGGGUCUAUUUAAACUUUUCCUAAGUCAUUAUAUUUAAUACUGUAAUAUUUAUAACUGUAGUACAGCCAUACAGGUGCAAAGCAUAAUAUAAUUUUGAACGGUCUUCGUCUACUACUGGGCCUACUAAGGGCCUUCGCUCGAAAUGCCGACGUUUUGCUUGUAUUUCCAGGCAGUUGAAUCGCUAUCCAUCUAUUGUAAAAAGUUUAUUGAAAGCAUGUAGCGCAGGCUAUAGUAAAUAUGCAACAAUUAAAAUUUUAAGUCAUCAAUUUAUACAAAGCUAUUUCGAGUGGGCGGUGUUAAUAUGGAAUAUUAACUAAGUGGGCGGCAUCAAUUUGACUAGGGCUUUCGGGCAGGCUCUACUUAUAAAAGAGCCGGCCACGCUGGCUAGAGAUUCCCCAUUUUAGUAUUCCGGGUUUUAGAGAUUCCCCAUUUUAAUAUUCCGGGUUAAAGAGCCGGCCACGCUGGCUAGAGAUUCCCCAUUUUAGUAUUCCGGGUUUUAGAGAUUCCCCAUUUUAAUAUUCCGGGUUUUAGAGAUUCCGGCUUUUAGUAUUCCGGGUUUUAGAGAUUCCCCAUUUUAGUAUUCCGGGUUUUAGAGAUUCCCCAUUUUAAUAUUCCGGGUUUUAGAGAUUCCGGCUUUUAGUAUUCCGGGUUUUAGAGAUUUCCCAUUUUAGUAUUCCGGGUUUUAGAGAUUCCCCAUUUUAGUAUUCCGGGUUUUAGAGAUUCCCCAUUUUAAUAUUCCAGGUUUUAGAGAUUCCGGCUUUUAGUAUUCCGGGUUUUAGAGAUUCCCCAAUUUAGUAUUCCGGGUUUUAGAGAUUCCGGCUUUUAGUAUUCUGGGUUUUAGAGAUUCCGGCUUUUAGUAUUCCGGGUUUUAGAGAUUCCCCAUUUUAGUAUUCCGGGUUUUAGAGAUUCCUCAUUUUAGUAUUCCGGGUUUUAGAGAUUCCCCAUUUUAGUAUUCCGGGUUUUAGAGAUUCUCCAUUUUAAUAUUCCGGGUUUUAGAGAUUCCGGCUUUUAGUAUUCCGGAUUUUAGAGAUUCCCCAUUUUAGUAUUUCGGGUUUUAGAGAUUCCGGCUUUUAGUAUUCCGGGUUUUAGAGAUUCCCCAUUUUAGUAUUCCGAGUUUUAGAGAUUCCCCAUUUUAGUAUUCCGGGUUUUAGAGAUUCCCCAUUUUAAUAUUCCAGGUUUUAGAGAUUCCGGCUUUUAGUAUUCCGGGUUUUAGAGAUUCCCCAUUUUAGUAUUCCGGGUUUUAGAGAUUCCGGCUUUUAGUAAUCCGUGUUUUAGAGAUUCCCCAUUUUAGUAUUCCGGGUUUUAGAGAUUCCCCAUUUUAGUAUUCCGGGUUUUAGAGAUUCCGGCUUUUAGUAUUCCGGGUUUUAGAGAUUCCCCAUUUUAGUAUUCCGGGUUUUAGAGAUUCCGCAUUUUAGUAUUCCGGGUUUUAGAGAUUCCAGGCUUUUAGUAUUCCGGGUUUUAGAGAUUCCCCAUUUUAGUAUUCCGGGUUUUAGAGAUUCCGGCUUUUAGUAUUCCGGGUUUUAGAGAUUCCCCAUUUUAGUAUUCCGGGUUUUAGAGAUUCCCCAUUUUAGUAUUCCGGGUUUUAGACAUUCCCCAUUCCCCGUUCCCCGAUUCCUUUCCCCGAUUCCCCAUUCCUUGAUAACCGCCCACUUUUUUGUCCGCCCACUUUUUUGUCCAAUUAGCCAAUCAGCAAACACUAAAUAUAUUAAUAAUCAAACUGUCAAACACUCAAACUAUGUUAUUGUUUGGUCGCAAAAUUGCAAAUAUAAAAUAUGUCUCUGAAAAUAUGUCGAAAGAAACGCCAUUGAAAGUUUCAAUCAGGACAUCUGAAUAACGACAAGAGGUCUUUAAAACUAAAACACGGGGCAAUAGAGAAAGGCAAGCAAAAGAAACGAUUACGACAGUGGCAAAACCUUGGCCGAUCAAUAAGCCGAUCACGAAUUGUGUUCAGUUCAUUUUGGAAUCGAAGAUAGUUCUACCUCGGAACUAUCAGACCGAGUUUGUAAACCGUGUGGGCGAAAGAUCCGAAACGCAAGCGAACUGAUUGCCAUAUUAUUAAAAUGAAACGCGACAUAAACGCGUUGCCUGUGUACGUAUCGAACAAAUAAAUUGUUGUAUAAAAACGUCGGUUGCCAAUAUAAACUGUCUCGUCUCCCUAAGGAAGCCGUGUGUUAAAGAAAGCCUUAAUUAAAAAGUUCAGACAGUGAAGCGGCUAACAUUCCUAGGCGUAUAGUAGUCCUGUUAAACACGUUGCAAUAUUAAUAAGACACUACGGCGGUCUGUAUUUUAAUAUUCUCGUUAUAUUUCUCGCGCCAACAAGAACAAUGUAAGAAUCAAGCUUUUCCCAUAACCAGUAGGUAGAACGGCCGAAACAUUCUUUACAAGGAGUAAAUCUUUAACUGCUAUCUCUUGCUCGCGUUUGAGAUUUGACAAUCAGUUCGCGUUAAUUCGACUUUCGAGAAGCGUUCGUAUUAUGCCGUGACAUAUUAAUUACAGUUGAUUUCACGAAACUUUGGCCACGCCAAUUGCGAGGUUGGUUGGGAAUUUGGGAACUAUAAACACGAGAUCAUCAAGAUGAUUGGAAACUGGCCAAUCAAAUUCGAAAGUUUCGCAUCAAAUUAUCGAAAUUCGUUAUGAAAUUCCGAACCAAGUUCGCAAGCAAGUUCGCAAAUUGCAAACGAUUUUGACGGUAAAUUUUAAAAACUAAACUUAUUGUAUUAAACUUAUUCAUUUAAUGGAAACUUUAUUAAUGAAUUGUAAAUCUCACUUAUAUAAGGUAAUUCAUGAAGUCUCCAAAAUGUCAACUUCAGACCCAUGAUCUCAAUAAUGUCACAUAAACCAUAUCUAAAUCCAAGGCAUUUUCGUCUUGGGAGACCACUGGACCGAUAUUUUACUGCAGUAAUAUGUGCAUAAGUAAGAGUUAUAAACCGAGUAGGGGGUUUAUAACUGAUAUAUUGACCCGAGGACGCGUAGCGUCCGAGGGGCAAUAUAUCAGUUAUAAACCGACUUACUCGGUUUAUAACUAACUUAUAUCACACUUGCGGAGGUUUUCCAACAUAUUUUGUCAUUUUCAAAAAUUUUUAAUGAAAAAUUCUCGCGUUUUGUCUACAAGCCGUAAUCCAAUCAUUUAUUCAAGGUCUAUAAGCUAGUUAUAAACCUCGGACGAACAAAGAAAACCGACGCAAGUGUGAUAUAAGGCCUUAUACAGGGUGUCUCAAAAAAACCCAAAAUCAUUGAAAUAACGUAUUGUUCGAAUUUCAAUGCCGUAACACAAAGGAUUUUGACAGGGUGAUUAAUUUGUUUUAAAAAAUUAAAAUAUCUUUGUAAAGUGAACGUUUGUUUGCUCAUGGGAAUUUAAAAAUGCUUCGUAAAUUGUAAUAUGCGUAAUAUGAAUUCGUGGGUUUAGUACUUUAUGCCUGACAUAACAAGUUUACGCUGAGUAUUACCAUUCAUUAUAGCAGUUAUGUCAAUCUUUUAUGCACUCGUGGGAUUAACUUAGUGCUAGGGCAUUGAAUAUCGAACAAUACGUCAAUUUCAAUGAUUUUGGGUUUUUUUGAGACACCCUGUACAGUAAUCUGACCUCCAACUAUGAACAUUUGUUUACAAUCAAAGUUCGAACUUUGAAAUGAACUUGGGAACUUCGUUGCGAAGUUCACGCCCAACUUCCGAACUUGACAAUGUAAUUGACCAUUUGCGUAAUAGACUAAAUUUUGAUCUAUUUAACAAAUCUAGACAAAAAUUUCAUCACAGCUUGAAAGAGCAUCACAAAAUUAGUAAUAUUCCAAAGUUUCGUUGCGAAAUGUUGUAAAAUGUGGAAAAUAUAGCCUUGCGAAGUUUGCAAUUUUCAGUCAUUUUAGAUUACAAACGGGAAAUUGACAGCCUCAAAGGGUUUGGGGCUGUCAAUUUCCCAUUUGUAAUCUAAAAUGACUGAAAAUUGCAAAUUUCGCAAGGCUAUAUUUUCCGCAUUUUAUAACAUUUCGCAACGAAAUUUUGGAAUAUUACUAAUUUUGUGAUGCUCUUUCAAGCUGUGAUGCAAUUUUUGUUGAGAUCAAAAUUUAGUCUAUUACGCAAAUGGUCAAUUGGCAAGUUCGCAACGAACUUGGGAACAGCCAGUGCUGUAACUACUAUGGGCUCGGACCGGGAGAACCUGGGGCCCCCAACCCCAAUGGGCCAAAUGGGGGCCCCCAGUCUCAGGCUGUAGAGCAAAUACAUUGGCCAGGGCCUCUGAUAUGUUACAAUGUCGUUUUCUGACCAUCAGAAUUCUGUAAAAUCUCUCCCCAAAGUCCGGGAAAUGGCAUUUCAGAGAGUCUAGAUUCAAAAAUUUUCCGGAAAACUCGGGGAGUCGUGCAUAUACGGCGCUCAACUCGGCAUUUCUACUAUGGGGGGAGGGCCUUCGAAAAUUUUGAACCGGGGGCCCCCUGAUAUAACGUUACGCCACUGGGAACAGCGUGUUGAAAAGUUGCCUAAAAUCGACAAUAACGCGCGCACCUUGGUCAGAUUAAGGACUGGCCAAGUGUUCCUUGGUCAGGUUCGUCAGCUAUAGGUCUGGCUAGCUUAUGGCCGUAUAUAAUCAUAUAGUACUAUAUUACCUAAGGUAUGCGCCAUAAUUUUAUUCAUUCAUAAUGAGCACUAAAAUCUUGUUUUAUGCGUCUAAUAAACACUUCGCCGUUUUCGCAGCUCUUAUUGUUUUGUGCUCACCACUAAUUCUCCAAACUUGACCGGCCGAUCGAGCAGAAAGAGCAGUGGUUUAUCCAGUACAGUUGCUGUUUUAUAGAAUAACUCAUGAAAUGGUUAGCACUGAACCUUACAUCCAACCAUUCGUAAUUCCAGAUCCUCGGCAGCCAACAGCACUGAAUUUAUCCGAAAUAUAAAACUUCAACCUAUCAAACAAUCCUGUAUCGGUAGAACGUACUACUCGGAUAUCGGACUAACUUGUUGAUGAACUGAAGAUGAAUACAAACACUCUUUCUUCGUUUAAGUCGAUAAUGUUCAAGUAUUGUGAUUCGUCUUUGUACUCAUGUAUGUUAUAAUUGUUGAUGAUCCGCGUAGUUAUAAAACUAUUUGUCUAAAGUGUAACUCUAUCCGAAAUCUACCAACGUCAUUGUCGUGGACGUGGUGCUUGCAUAGGAAGUGCAAUGCGUUGUCGUUUUAGAAUUUAUCAAUUGUUGUUAAUGUUUUCAAUAUUGAUUGGGUUCGCAGUAAUCGGCUGAUAAAUUGCGGAUUCCCUACCUUGAACUAUGUAAAGUAAACGAAUUAUGCCUAUAACAAUUUAUCAUAGUGUGUGCAAGGUGGCGUUUAUAAAUGAAUAAACAUAUAAACGAGAAAUCAGAAAUCUGGCGUUCCUUUUGGGCUAUCAGGCCUGCUAUUCUCCAUAACCCCUUAUCGUUUGUAAGUACUCACUCGAGAUUUAAAAUCUCAACUUCUGCCUACAUGCUAUAUCUCAUGAGCUAUAUAGUCAAGCCUGCAGAUAUUGGUCGUGAGUUUUUAUCUUUUACGUACAGGAGAUAUAAACUUGCUGCUUUAAGUGAUCUAUAGUACACCGCUAUACAGUACCCAUUGAGCUAUCAAGAUUUGAAGGUAUUGGUAGUCAGUCUUUAUCUUUUUUAUAAUAGAACAACUAUAAGAUUAGACUUACCAAAAUUGAUGACUUUGAGAAGAUAUUUCUGCACCAAAUUGGUCACGACGGUUCAAUUUUAUUUUCAGUUUGAGACCACACCUCACGUUGUCCUAAUAUGUUUAUUACUGAUAUGUUUUGUUUCAAAAACAUCAUGUGACAUGAACGGCACUCUCUCGUAUCUAUAAUAAGGAGAUAACUGUUUAGGUUGACAAUAAUUGUAACCAUGCAUCAGACUGUGAGAUUAGUGAGAAUUGGAUUUGCAUCUGUUUGAAAUUCCCGUGUAUUUGCAUUUGAAAUUCCCGUGUAUUUGCACACUGUAGAACUAUAUACAAAGAAUUAUAUACAAUAUCAAUGUACACUUAUCACGCCAACAUAAUAUCAAUUAUAUUACGAACAUAAAUAUAAUUACGAACACUAGAAAGUUUGAUCAUAUAUCACACUUUUUUUGUCAGAAUUGAACUGUUUACCAGUAAAUAGUAUACGUUGAAUCUUAAGACGCUGUAAUGACUUUUAAAUGUCUAAAAGGCUUAUAGCCUCCAACAUACUUAUCAGAAAAGUUUAAACAACGAUCACAGUGACAUAAAUGUAACACUAGAAGUAGAGAUACGUUACAAACUCCGUUUUAUCAUAGUGCCUCUGGCCAAUGUAGUUUUAUGUACAGAGCCGUAAAAAUUCGGAACGAUCUACCUGAUACCAUAAAGAGUAUCGACUCUGUGACUAGUUUUAAAUUAGAAUAUAAGAGGAUUCUUAACAAGUUGUAACUUAUAGAUUUUCAGUAGUUAUACUUUAACAUUGUAAUUGGAUGUAUGUUAUAACUUUUAGAUUUUUUAUAUAUAAAUUAGUAUGUAUUAGAUUAAUUCUGAGGAGUCCACUGGGAGAAUUAAUAAAGUAUAAUAAUAAUGUUAAUUCUUUGGUUGCUUGUCAACAAUCCAAGUAUGCAAUUAAGUAUGUGGGAAACACCUGGUAAAUCUACAGGGUGUAUGAAAGAAAAGGAAACCUUUAGAAAUCGACCAUAUUGUUAAAAUUUGAAUGCCUUUUCAAUUGCACAUAUAUGCUGAACGGUGGUGCGUGAAAUAUUGAUGGGGUGCAUAUAUAUUAGAAAAAGGAGACCUUUACUCUUCAGAAAUAGACCUUUCCCUUUUGAGUGACAAAAAGUCUGGACAAUUUCAUCACAGCUUGAAAGAGCAUCACAAAAUUAGUAAUAUUCCGAAGUUUCGUUGCGAAAUGCUGUAAAAUGCGGAUAAUAUAGCCUUGCGAAGUUUGCCGUUUUUCAGUCAUUUUGCAUCAGAUGAUCAAACUGAUUAUCAAUUUCUCAUUUGUAAUAGUUGACCUGCAUCUAAGGGCGCUUUCCAUUUAACGGCCUGACCGGUCAGAUCCGAAUUCUUUUCUCUGUAUCAAUGGAAAGAUCUGGUCCAUAUUUCUCAAAUAUCAAGCGAAAAUGGACCUCAUUCUGAUGUUCUCUAAAUUUUCUGGUCAGAUAUAGGUCGGAAGCUCAAAUGUUUUGUGUUCCAUUCAACAAUUUGACCGUUCUGACCGGUCUGGCCGUGUUAAUGAAAGCGCCCUAUGGACGUAAAGCGUCUUUAAAAAAUCAUUAACUCGACGAAAGACACGCAAAAUCACUGUUUAUUAUUGGCUCACACUAUAUGACCUGCAAAACACGGCUAAACGCAAAAUAGUAAGAUUCUAUUGGCUGUUGCAUUACCUGUCUUGUAUGAUACAUAUGUUGUCCUGAGUUAUUCGUUUUCGGUAAUUUGCAUGGUCAUAACAUUUUGGUAAUACAUCAUUACUAUAAUCUAUAUAGCAGAUAGUCAUUUUGACAGAUUAUGCGUGUCCUUUAUAGUCUUUACUAUUACUACAAAGGACAAUUUGUAUAGAUAUAGAAAAUGGUACCCGGACAUUUUGCCAAAAGACACUUUGCCGAAAGACAUUUUGCCGAACGGACAUUUUGCCGAACGGACAUUUUGCCGAAAAUAGAGAUAAUCUUCUGAACUUUAUAGGUUCGCUUACACGGCCAAAAUUUCUGCGAUUAAAUUAAAGUCAUUGUGAGAUUUUGAUGACAGAAACUAUGAUAGUGAAGUAUAGUAUCCUUUUAUAUUCUUUCAAGUUUUUGACAAGUUUACCGAAAUUUCGCGAUAUGAAGAGUAACAUCAUUCAACAUCAUUGAUGCUGCGAUUUCCCCGAGAACUGUGAAUGUAUUCCAUGAUUCUCGAAGUGAAAUUCGCUUACGUCGUUGUCUUUGUAUGCGCUUGUUUGUUGACGACCUGACGUCAAAACACGUUCCUAACAAAUGACUCAUCCGCUGCACAAACAAGCUAUAUAAUUGUCAAUAUGGUUAUGUACUGCUGAUGACCCAUUAUAUAAGCACUGCUUAUUUUACACAAUGGUUGAGAAUUACAAAGUUGAGAAACGAGGCACAGUCCCAAACUUUUUGACGAUAUUUCGUAUCUUUUCGCAUCUCUAUUUUCGGCAAGUUGUCUGUUCGGUAAAAUGUCCGUUCGGCAAAACGUCCGUUCGGCAAAAUGUCCGUUCGGCAAAGUGUCUUUCGGCAAAAUGUCCGGCCACCAUAUAAAACCUAUACUCGAGCUGCGUGCCUGUCAAAGUUGUACAUUUCGCGAAGCAUAUUUCGUUCAGCAGGACAAAUUAAUUUUCGGGCUUGUCUAAUGGACCAUUCCCCAAUUAAUCAAAAUUUUGAACUCAACAAGUCUAUAGACAAAAAUUUCAUCACAGCUUGAAAGAGCAUCACAAAAUUAGUAAUAUUCCAGAGUUUCGUUGCGAAAUGUUGUAAAAUGCGGAUAAUAUAGCCUUGCGAAAUUUGCAAUUUUCAGUCAUUUUAGAUUACAAACGGGAAAUGGUUACCACUUCUGUUCGUAAUACAAAAUAACUGAAAAUUACAAACUUCGCAAGGCUAUAUUAUCCGCAUUUUACAACAUUUUGCAACGAAACUUUGGAAUGUUACUAAUUUUGUGACGCUCUUUCAAGCUGUGAUGAAAUUUUUGUUUAGGCUAGUUAAGAUCAAAAUUUUGGAAAAGCGGUAACCAUUUCCCGUUUGUAAUCUAAGGCUGCGUCCAGACUGGGUGCCCGGCACUGGUGCCCGGCACUUGUUUUGGCUCCCAGUUUGAACACGACGCUUUCAAAUAAAAUUGGGCACAGUGCCCAAGAACGGGCACUACCUCUAGGGGUAGUACUCAACAACGGCACUGUGCUCAACAUGUUUUGUGAACCAUUUUGAACAUUGGGCACCAGUGCCGGGCACUCAGUCUGAACGAACCCUAAAAUGACUGAAAAUUGCAAAUUUUGCAAGGCUAUAUUAUCCGCAUUUUACAACAUUUCCCAACGAAACUUUGGAAUAUUACUAAUUUUGUGAUGCUCUUUCAUGCUAUGAUGGAAUUUUGUCUACAUGCUGCAGGGUGUAUCAAAAAAAGCGCAACCUCGUAAUUUCCCAAGAAAUCGACAUUGUUUUAAAGACAAAAGAUUUUAGGCGCCUGGGAAUUUAAAAUAGCACAACUGUCAAAAUUACUGCACACACGAGUGCAUAAAGCAAAAUUUAUGCAUUUAUUUAAUGCACAACAACAGUAAUAUGAUCUAUUAGCAAUUCAAUUCCCAGGGGCCUAAAAUCAUUUAUGCUUAAGAAUUGCAAAGUAAUUUCUUAGGAAAUUCCGAGGUUGCGUUUUUUUUUGAUACACCCUGUAGACUUGUUGCGAUUAAAAUUUUGGUUAAUUGCAUGGGGAUUGGUCCAUAUUGCCACUCUUGGAGGCAUGGCUCAAAUUGUUUGUGUAGCACGAUUACAGUCUAUACGUGAUAAUUAAGUUAUGCGCUAAGUUAAGCCGGUCUAGUGACAUUAAAAAUACUAUAUUUCCCAACAGUAGUAAAAUAUUGUGAGUUGCGCGGCAUUGUGAAAUGCAUGUAUGCGUUAAACGUUUGUAUAUCUUAAACGAAACCGCAUGAAAAUUUCGUUACUAGUUAUAGCUUACUCGCCUCUUUGCCUUUAAUUGAGCCAGUUAAAUUAAGGCUUUAGGCCUUUACUCUUUAGCCGAAAGUGAGUUACGACAUUGAGUUGCAUAUGAGUUCACUUGUAUAUCUAUUCGAUUAUUCUUUUAUUCUUUAGUUGACGGUUCUGUUCAUGAUAUUAGAGAGUUUAAGUUCGACUUCCAAUACCAAUACCGAUGUUUUCACUUCCGUUCUCAUUUUGGUACCGGGAAUUUUAAAGCGUUAAGUUAUCACGACAGAUAAAGUUUAGAACACAUUAAUCGUCACCGAAAAUGUGCGGUAUACUAAACGGCAGCUGAGCUAAAAUUCCGACUAAAAUAUGACUCAGGCGAUGCUAAUAAACAAAUAGUUUACAUGUUUAUCGUAAAAAUUAUGAAAUAUCCGAUUUAUAUGAGUUUAUCUUACAAUUCUCCCGACUUCCAAUACAAGGCUGACUUCGGUAGUGGUGACUUCCAAUACACUUGUCCUCGUGCUUCUUGCGAGCAGAGAGCAUGCGCAUGACAUGUUGUUUGUAUCGGUGUUGGUAUCGGAAGUCGAACUUAAACUCUCUAAUCAUGCAUGCAAAUUCUACCAAAUUUGUUUCUUGCAACGUGUAAUGCGAAUGGAAUUUUGUCUCGGCACAACAAUGUUUGAACAUUAUAAUGUACGUCGAAUUGUGACAUGUCCUUUUAAAUCUUGCCGGUUAUUACUUCAGUGCGGAAUGAUCUAUACUUUUAAGAUCAGUUCAAAUAACAACAUAAUUAUAUAUAUAUCUUUAUUAUAUCAACUAUAGUGCUUUAUAGAGAUUUCGAGCACCGAGAAAACUGACUACCCACCUGUGGCUGUGAGAAUAUUUAUGAUAAUUUCACACGUGAAAAUUAUCGCUUUCCAAUUAUCGCUUUUCUGUAAAAAUUAUCGCUAUUCAAAGACUGUCCUUUAUAUAAUAAACAGAAAAAUACAUGGGUGCUUCACGGGAAAUACCAGAUUUAUUUCAUCUCACUUGUUCGCUGUGCUCACUCGUGAGAUAUUAUGUUGAACAUUCGAAUUAAAUCUGGUACUAUUCUCUGUCAUUUAAUAAUAUAAUUAUCUUCAUCUGUCCAUCUAACCGUAAAAUCUAUACACUUAGGUCGCUAUUAUGCACCUUAUUAGCACAUAUCCUUCAUGUAACCAAUCAAAUAAUUUGAGAUUUUUGGCUAGAUGCAAAUUUUAUUACUGGAUAUAAGCUCGUUUAUUUACGUCCUUAGAUGCAGGUCAACUAAUGACUGAAAAACGGCAAACUUCGCAGGGUCAUAUUAUCCCCAUUUUACAACAUUUUGCAACGAAACUUCGGAAUAUUACUAAUUUUGUGAUGCUCUUUCAAACUGUGAUUGUCUAGACUGCAUGUGGAGCUACUGUAAAUAUUGUUUUUCCCCUCUUUAAAAUAAAGUAUUAAUUAAGUAACUAAGUCUAAGGGCUUGAACGAAGGCAGUAGAAUAUAAAUAUGCCAAUGAGUAAAGUAAAAUGAAAAUACAGCGCAUCGCAGCUGGUUAUAAAUCUCCAAAGUAUAAAAAAAAACACAUUGAAGCUGCGACAAUAUGGGUAAAUGUGAGCAAAAUAUUCCACAUUGACGGGUUGAUAUUAUACCUUGGGUGUCUUGAUCACGUUUGAAUGUCUCAUCUUCCGGCUACAAAAUAAUGCAUAUAUGUAUAAAUGAGUACUAUAAGUCACGGAAAAUUAUGAAUAUACCAAGAUAUCGGGCAAGAUUGAGAAAAAUUAUGAAAUAGUAGCCUACUAAGGCUAUGAUGAGUUUAAAAUUUUUUAAUUCUAACAAUACUGAUCUAAUAAGUUCUUUGUAUGUAUGCAUGGCGAUAAAAUAUAAUAGUUUUGUUUGUGGAAACACCACGUAAAUUUAUUACUGCAAAGCUUUCGAUCCGUAAGCCCGGAUCUUCAUCAGUGCUAAUAAUAUGUGACGUAAUAUAUGAACAACGAGAGCGAGUGUUUCACCGGGAUAUCCAAACACGAGAAAACAAUGUAUGAGAACACGAGCGCGCAGCGCGAGUGUUUUCAUACAUUGUUUUCGAGUGUUUGGAUAUCCCGGUGAGACACGAGCUCGAGUUGUUUAUAUGGCUUCUCAAAUGAAUCGAGACGUAACAGAGUGUUUUCGUUUGCUGAUUUGAAUAGAAUUCUUAACCAAGCAUAACGUAAUUAGGAAUUCUAUUCAAGUAAUUUUGCAUGCGUAAUUAAGAUAUUUGAUGAAAACACUAGUGACUUUCAUCAAGUAUCCAAAUGGCAUCUUGUGAUCAAAUAGGUGAUUAUCAUUGGCUGAAUUACUCAUGAAUUAUUAAUGAAUUUGAGAAGUAGAAUGUCAAAACUUCGACAUUUGCAACACCAUAAAAAUACAACACCAUAUAUAUAUAUAUAUAUAUAUAUAUAUAUAUAUAUAUAUAUAUAUAUAUAUACAUUUGCAACACCAUAAAAAUACAACACCAUAUAUAUAUAUAUAUAUAUAUAUAUAUAUAUAUAUAUAUAUAUAUAUAUAUAUAUAUAUAUAUAUAUAUAUAUAUAUAUAUAUAUAUAUAUAUAUAUAUAUAUAUAUAUAUAUAUAUAUAUAGAGAUAUAUAUAUAUAUAUAUAGCUCAGCCGACAAGACUUCAUAUGUAACAAACAGAACGGCUACGUUUGAAGGAGUUUAUUAAAAAAAGGUAUAUUAGAUACAAAAACUAAAUUUUCGGCUGCAUGCCACAGCAUUCUUCAGAGUGCCUAGCUUUACACAGAACAUACUUAUAUACAAUAAAUAAACUGGAAGGUGAAGGCUGCUACAAAUGUGAUGCCAAGCGCUGUGAUAGUUGUAAGAACUUUUUGAUUUUUGGCAAUUCCUUUCGUGCAGCUGCCACUGGUAGGAUAUUUCUUAUUUUAAAAUCUUUGACGUGCACUUCCAGUAAUGUAGUGUAUCUUGCUGAGUGUGUGCUUUGUGGUUUGCAAGGUGUUGGCUCUAUACGGCCAAUUUUAAGUCCAGACUAGCUAACUACAAAACACACAUUAAGCAUAAGCGCCGGACAUGCAGUAUAACUAAUCAUUUUAUUGAUGUGCAUGAGGCGGAUCAUUCGAGCUUAAAAUUUAUGCUUAUUGAUCAACACCAUAGUGAAGUACUUAAGAGUGAAAACUUUUGGAUAGGAAUGUUGUUGACCAACCGGAAAGGCCUUAAUGGUAGUCAUGAUUUCGCCCAACAAUAGUAAUUUAUUCAUUACUUAAGAGUGAAAACUUUUGAAUAGGAAUGUUGUUGACCAACCGGAAAGGCCUUAAUGGUAGUCAUGAUUUCGCCCAACAAUAGCUGAUUUAUUGUAUAUAAGUAUGUUCUGUGUAAAGCUAGGCACUCUGAAGAAGGCUGUGGCAUGCAGCCGAAAAUUUAGUUUUUGUAUCUAAUAUACCUUUUUUUAAUAAACUUCUUCAAACGUAGCCGUUCUGUUUGUUACAUAUAUAUAUAUAUAUAUAUAUAUAUAUAUAUAUAUAUAUAUAUAUAUAUAUAUAUAUAUAUAUAUAUAUAUAUAUAUAUAUAUAUAUAUAUAUAUAUAUAUAUAUAUAUAUAUAUAUAUAUAUACAGCUAAUUCAAUAAAGGUUGCCCUUUACAAACCUUAAACUCUAAAACCUUAAACCUUAAACUCUAAGCGCGCAAAGCGUAAUGAGAGCACGAUUUAAGCAGUUUAGAAAGCAUAUAUGGAGCCUAUUUCUUAGAGACCUGGUAAAUAUCUCCCUGCGAAAACAUUUCACUCACAAACAGCUGCAAUAUACAACUAAAAUCUAUACACUUAGGUCGCUAUUAUCCACCUUAUUAGCACAUAUCCUUCAUGUAACCAAUCAAAUAAUUUGAGAUUUUUGGUUAGAUGCAAAUUUUAUUACUGGAUAUAAGCUCGUUUACGCCCUUAGAUGCAGGUCAACUAAUACAAAAUGACUGAAAAACGGCAAACUUCGCAGGGCUAUAUUAUCCCCAUUUUACAACAUUUCGCAACGAAACUUCGGAAUAUUACUAAUUUUGUGAUGCUCUUUCAAGCUGUGAUUGUCUAGACUGCAUGUGGAGCUACUGUAAAUAUUGUUUUUCCCCUCUUUAAAAUAAAGUAUUAAUUAAGUAACUAAGUCUAAGGGCUUGAACGAAGGCAGUAGAAUAUAAAUAUGCCAAUGAGUAAAGUAAAAUGAAAAUACAGCGCAUCGCAGCUGGUUAUAAAUCUCCAAAGUAUAAAAAAAAAAUAUUGAAGCUGCGACAAUAUGGGUAAAUGUGAGCAAAAUAUUCCACAUUGACGGGUUGAUAUUAUACCUUGGGUGUCUUGAUCACGUUUGAAUGUCUCAUCUUCCGGCUACAAAAUAAUGCAUAUAUGUAUAAAUGAGUACUAUAAGUCACGGAAAAUUAUGAAUAUACCAAGAUAUCGGGCAAGAUUGAGAAAAAUUAUGAAAUAGUACUAAGGCUACUAUGGGUUCCCUAUGAGUUUACAAAUUUUUAAUUCUAACAAUACUGAUCUACACGACAGACCCUCAAAAUCUUUGAGAAAGCCCGCACAUUGAAAAGGAACAUUAACAUUAAGAGCAGGUCCAUGCAGGCGUUUUUAAUAUAUCUUAUUGGAUUCUUCUGAGCCCAAUAUGGCAAAAUAUUAAGUCGAGACUUCAAUAUUGGGCGAGACCGAAGGUCGAGCCUAAUAUUGAAGUCGAGACUUAAUAUUUUGCCAUAUUGGGCGAAGAUGAAUCCAAUAAGAGUUUUAUUAUGUCGAACAAAAGAAUUCUUUAAGAAAAAAUUGUCAAUAAGCGAUAAAGUAAUGCAGCAUGAAUAAUACAGCGACAACAUUACAACUACAUAUAUCGGCGGCAAAUUUGCUUAAAUAACUAAACAAAAGUUAAUAAACUUGUUUUUACAAAUAUGUGUCCAUAAAUAAACUCAAUUCCAUAAUGUUUAAAGGAAAUUUGACCUAAUUUUAACGAAAAAAUAAUAUCACUAACCUCGAGGCUGUUGUAAACAAAUGAAUUUCGUGAAGACAAGUUUUCCCGCGCUUUUAUAUUUUUGAACAAAACUUGUAGAAAAAACUGUAUUAAUGUCUCAAAUUCUUUUCAUUAGUCUGCCAUAUCGCUAGUCGUAUGUUUGGAAUUGACAAAACUUCUGAAAAGGGUUGAAAAACCAUGAAAAAUAGGUUCCUGUCCAAUAGGUUCCUGUCCAAUAUCGUAAAAUAUGUUUAACAAAACUUGUUUUCUAUGCCUGCAUGGCGGCAUCUGAGACCAUAAUACAGUCGAACCCCUAUAAGCGGACGGCCUCUUUUAAGCGGACACAUAUCUCAGGUCUCAUUCGUUUUCUUUAAUAAAAUACUAUUAUCAUAACGCCUAUUAAGCGGACACCCCUCUUUAACGGACGCGGACACCUUACUCGAGGUCCCAAUGGGCAAACCAACCUCUCUUAAGCGGACAGACGGCAGAUUGUCUGAUAAAAUGUAUUCAAUAUUCAACAGUAAAUAACAAUUGAGAUCAAUUUACAUGGCAUAUUGACAGUGACAGAGCCAAGAUUAUUUUGGAAGUGACGAACGAGGACGUAGGACUGUGAGCCGCCAGCCAAGGAGCCGAAAGAUAUGUGUCAGAUCACUGAUGACGACAACGAAGCGAACAAAAAAGAUGAAUUUGAUUGGUCUCUUAACGAACCAGUCAUUAAAUCUUCCUCCGAAGUUCCUAACGUCGUCGAGCGGCUGGCAGAAUUCGCACAAUUUCGAGGUUUGAGGGGGACAUUGGGAUUUACGGUAUGGCGGUAUUAGCUUAAUUUUCUUACGGUAUUUCGGUAUUUUCCUUGAAAAAUUGCGGUAUUACGGUAUUGGAAAUCUUGCGGUACACGGUAUUUGCAAUUUUGGACUCAAAAACUGCGGUAAUUGACAAAAUUUGCUUUCGGUAUUACGGUAUUGAAUACCCCCCAAUGCCCCCCUCAGGUUUGGAAGAACUUUCCAACGUCAUUUCUAUGUAAAUGACAUUAUAAUUGCUAUCGUCUGCGUGAGCCUCGGAAACAAACUUGUAUCGAUUCCUUUUUUAUCUGACUGUGAGAUACGUAUACAUUAUCUAAUGAACUUUUAUGCACAAAGAAUUUUUCAUUUUAUGUUAAUUAUUUGCUAGAUAUUUUUUACUGUUUUGAUACUCAAAUUACACACCUUAUUACACACCUUUGCCUCCUGCUGUGUUUUUCUUCAUACCCCCUUUAAGCGGACACCCCUUUUAAGCGGACACUUAGGCGAGGUCCCAAAGGUGUCCGCUUAAUAGCGGUACCAAUUUAGUAAUAAGAAUAACCAAAUAGGAAAAUAUCAAAUCAAAACAUCCAUAAUUUGAGGGGGGUGCAAAAACUUUUUUGGGGCAGUGCCAAAAGCCUCUGGGGGGGGGGGGGUCUGUCUAUCUAUCAUGUAUAAAUAUAUGCUGGUUUAAAACUAAAUAUUUGUCAUGAAAAGUUUAUAGAAUUCCAACUUUUAACCUAUAAAGUUGCAUUGCGCCCUACUUUGUUAUUCUGCCCUGUCUAACAACAGAUGAUUUUGCUCGUCAAGGGGAAAGCGCAGACAUUUAAUGGUCUUGUGUCCAAUAACCCAUUAAGUUAAAUAGCACUCUAAUGCUCUCUACUUUAUUAUUUGACUCUGUCAAAUACCAGACAAUUUUACUCGUCAACAGAGUGCUGGAGCUCAUUGGGUUAAACUUAUUAACCCCGGCUUAUGAUUCCUGGCUGGCCAUGCCAGUUAUUGGCUAUCUUAGACAGGGACGUAGCAACCGGGGGGGGGGGUGUAAAUUCCCCACAACUGUGAAACUCAACUGCAAAAAUCAGGUAAAAUUCAAGUUAAAAUUUUGACAUUUUCAGCUAAGAUUUGCAUAACAAAAAACCCCGUUUUUGUAAGAUACAAUCAAUUUACAUCCAAUUUGUUUGCGAAUUUACUUUAAAAAAUGCCCGAAAUGCAGUCCUAAAGCUUCAAAAAUGUAAACACUUUCUGGGGUAGGACCCACAGACCCCACUUUUCUUAUAAAAUCCUUUGCCCCCCCCCCCUCCCUCCAACUUCAGAUGCUUCGCUACGCCCCUGAUCUUAGAUUUCAGAAACAACUUUGGGGUCACUUAACCCUCAGAAACAAUUUUGGGGUCACCCAUCAGAAAAAUUCAUGGGGGGUGUGGACAAUAACAAGUUGGUUAAGUACUAUUUAAAACACAAGCAGGAGUGCUUUAUCAGCUAUACAGAGUGUUCAGUAUAUCUAAUAAAGCACAGGUUUUAAAUGGCUUAAAAAAAACAAGCCAAUCUGAUGAGUACAUUGGCAAAGUAAUUUUUAAAAUAAACGUUGUCUAAGCUGAGAAGCUAAAGUUUAUGUAAAUUAACAUGACUUUUUAUCACAUAUAAAACCACAGAGACGGCAGCGAUUUCUUUUGUCUUUUCUUCAUGAAUUAUUGAGUUUUUUAACAUACCAUAAAGUCUCGAAAGUAAGCACCCGGGCCUCGAAAGUAAGCGCCCCUCGAAAGCAAGCACCUUUUUCAACACUUAAUGCUAGAGAAUCUGGAAAGUAAGCGUCCCCUCGAAAGUAAGCUUCCCCCCCCCCCACCCCCCCGAAAAAAGUUUUUUAAAGUUGUAAAACAUAGGGUAUAUAUAAAAGAAACUCUCUAAACCAUAUGUAUACCAUAUAUACUCUAUAGCAUGGAUUUAAAAAUGUCUGAUGCUGAAAAUAACUACUCGAAAAUAGGCGCCCUUCGAAAGUAAGCCCCCACUCAAAAGUAAGCGCCCCUUGAGGCCACUAAUUUCGAAAGUACGCAGGGCGCUUACUUUUGAGACUUUACGGUAUUAUAAUUAUACUGUUAGGUAUUUAAUAUCGUCACUUGUCUGAGCUGUUGAAAUCGCUGUGUUAAUAAGAAAUAAAUGGAGGGGGUUAUAUUCGGGAGGGCUUAUAUUCGGAGGUUUACGGUAUCUUGUUUAAAUAGCUCAAAUCUUCAGUUUACAAGAUGUUAAUAUUCAGAGCAUCCGACUGAUGCGAGUGUGUUUCAUCUUAUAUUUUACAAGAUGAUAUUAUUGAACAAUACUUUACCCAGUCUUCACAUAUGUCUCCCUGUUCUUCUUUCCUCAAAUUCUCAUUCUGUUCUUGAUAGAAUUCAUUUAAAAUGGCCAGGGUGUCAGCAGGCAACUUUAAUAGGCUCGUCAUCACAGCUAAAUAAUUGUAUUAUUUAUAACUGAUUGCAGAAUCGUUGUAAACAAAAUACGACAAGUAAUGUCUCCAAAAUAAGGACAAAUUUCCAGUAGUUUUAUUAAAUACAAGGACAAAAUUCCAAUACAAGAACAAAUUCCAAGAAAUAUUAUAUUAAAGCGCUACAGAACGCUAGAGUGUAACCUAGCAAGGUAUGUGAAAGACCGCUGAGCCCCAGAUUUUUGAAGGAAAUUUCCUUUUUGAAGGAAAAUUCGCCAAAUUAAAACGAAGGAAAUGUAAGGGAUAUACAAUUUUAAGGAAAAUUUAAUGGAAAUUAUAGAAAACCGACGAAAAUUUCGAGGGAAAAUUGCCAAAAAUUAUGCCAAACGCAACCGGAAAUUGCGGGCUCAAGACAAGAUUGCCGCGCUCAAGACAAAAAUUAGUGAGAUACCCCGGUUUCGGUGUACGGGUACGAGUAGUGUCAUCUUGUUUACUAGUUUUUACUGAUGCCUGUAAUUCAAUCAUACUUUUUCAGACUUCUCAACUCUCACGCAUUCGGCGUGAGUCUCACGCAAUUCGCUUCACUCUCACGCUCUCACGCCACGUUUAGUAAAUCUCACGCAUAUAGCAGUUUCAUAGUAUUUUUUCAAUAAUAUAAUAUUGUAUUCUUAAAGGCACAUUAUUAAUCAUUAUACGGAUCGGAAAUCGAAAAUAUAAUCGUGUGUUAUUCAUGUUCCUGCAUAUACGGCCCGACAUUUUGCCCGCAAUUUGGAUACAAAAUAGUACGCAUAUGUAAAUACGGCGGACAAAAGACACAAAAGGCAGAAUCAGUCGGAGCAGAAUUCUAUAUGUAAAUUAUCAAAGGCAAAUUAAAGCACAUUACUGUAUGUCCACUAUUGUCCAGUGCAUUACACGUUACAUCCUCGAAGCUGAAACUGAUUAAGUACGUCUCGACUGAGGAAAACAACGAUAUACUGGAGGAACUUGAUUUGUAAAAUCUCGUUAAAGCAGCUGUAGAUAUAUGUGUAAGCGCUCUCGCGAAAUGUUGGACACUAGAGCCCAGGCUCUUAUGUACUUUUGGAUUGAGAUAGUGUGUGAGUAGAAACAUAUAGUAUGCGGUGAACACUUUUUUCCAUCCAGCAAACCGCCCUAUCGAUUUUGUAAAGUCGUUUCUUUUUGGAUUUUUUCAUUAAUUCGGUUAGGGUUAGAGUUAGGGUUAAGGUUAGGGUUAGGGGUUAGGGUAGGGUUUGGGUUAGUUACAUAGCCAUUUAACACCUGCGAAAAUGACGCCAGGUCAGUUUGCUGGAUGGAAAAUAGUGCUAACCAUAGUAUGCGUGUGUUGAUCUUUGCGAACUUGCGAAUAAUAUAAUUUAUAGUAAACUAAACCGUUUGAUAUUGAAACCAUUCUAAGUGCGAUACCUGCGAUUGUGGCACUAUAUAGAGGACAAAUCGGUUAGUACAUUUAUACGAUAUUUGUCAAUUUGACUUUAUAUUUUGUUCUGUUUAACGCAUAGUUUUAACGUAAAGUAAGAGCGUACUUAUCUUUGUAUUCUAGUUGACGUCAGGUCUUGGAUUAUUGUGAUAUUGCGAUUAAAUACAAUUCAUACAAGGCUUGUCAGUUUUGAUUUAAUACGAUUUAAUUCCUCGGUUGCAUUCGAAGUGCCACAUAUAAAAACUCGUGCGAACCGUCAAAAUUAGACCGGGAGUUAUAAUAUGGUUCGAAGAAGAAUAGAUUUAGUGUAGAUUUACAUGUAUACAUUAUCAUAGCAUGAAUAUUCUUCUCAUACUUAUUCUGUAUCGUUUAAAUGCAACAUUUCUGAUCAAAAUCACAUUGGGAUUUUCUUCUCCCAGCAUCACAGAGGGGAAAUAAGGUGACGCUGACCGGCUCCUCCUGUUUUUCAAGGUGACUGUUCCAAUUUAUUUAAUUCCGAGUAGAAAAUUAGAAAUGUCUGGGAAAAUUUAUGUCUUCGAUGUACUUUAUAAUCUUCGGAAUUAUGCAAGAUUUCACCCCCAAAAUGCUUGCAAUCGCAUUUCAGGGACUCUAGAUUUCAAAAUUUUCCCGGGGGUGCAUGCCCCCGGACCACCCUAGAUGGUCUUGCGCCUUCGGCGUUCGCUUCGCCCCCCCCCCCAAAAAAAAAAUGAAGGUCUGGCUACGCCACUGUGUAUGUCGCAGAAAUACAGUUAUUGUAACUAAAGUUCCUUGUCUUAAAGGACGUUAUGAAGCAAUGUAUUUCAUUAAAAAAACGGCCAACUCUCAUCAUGUACGAAAUGCCAUUUCAGACCCCCUGACUUUUAUAAAGGUCUCAUCCACAUCCCCAAUCUCACUCUUAACUUCCGUCUGCAAAGUUGAGAGGUCUGCUUUUUCUGUUUUCUUGCAAUAGACAAUGAUAUAAUGCGAAAAAUGUGCACCUUAAUUACGAGUAAAGGUACAGACAUCGACGAAAAUAUUGCUAGCCAAAAUCAUGCUACCCAUACCCCGAAACGGGUACCAAUUUUAUCCGUGCCGUACCAAAAUUGAGCGUAGUGUAAACGAGGCUUUAAACUCACUAUUGUCAGCCUUUCCGCACGUUGAAAUCAAUAAUCUAUUGGCGUUGUAAUGCCAUUGUAUGCAAUAAAGUAUUGCGUUGUAAUAGUUUACAAUUACAAUAACACUAAUCCAAACGUUAAUCAUAAUCCAAACCCUAAUCUCUAACCCCUAACCCAACCUCUAACCUCUUAGCCUGUUCGCAGGCUACUAACCUCUUGGCCAAAAUCCUGAGCAGUUCCUGAGCGGAAAUGGGUCUUUAUAAUUACGUUUGUAACGCUUGACUUGAAUAACAAUAUGGAAUAGAAUAGAAAUUCUAUUAGCCCAAAACAUUUUAUUUCCAUCCGUCAAAUUUUUGUCUAAUCUGGAGAUAAUUCUCGAAAAACAAUUCGCAGUUAGAUGUUUUGAAUUUUCAAACUUUGCCCCAUCCCCCUUGUAUAAUGUUGGUAAUUAAAUGAUAUGUGUUGCAAAUCCACUGAACAAACAUUGUUCGGGGGGAGUUCAGGGAAACUAGUUGGUUCCAAAUGAAUGAAUGCCCGUAUUUUCAAAACAUGUCUUCAAAUUUGGAUAUACCUAGUCUACGGAUAUUUUUUUCCAAGAUUAUAGAUUUUGCAUGUUUACAUGACAACAGAAUGUUGUCGGUCUCUUUCACAAAUUUAAAAAAUUAUCACCGUAAAAGCAUCUUCUAACAAUUAAUUACAAUUUAGUUCACUAUCAUCAGCCUUUAUCAUGUUACUUUGUAUGUCGUAAGAGUCAGCAACAUCAAAAUAUUUUGCGUCUUCGUUCCUAAUAAUACCUUCCUUUUUCCAGAUCACAUCCACCAUGGCACAUUCUACCAAAGUUGUCGCUACAGUCGACAACAUCGUUAUGGUUUGGACCUAAUUGUUCUUUUCGAAUUUCCAGUGCCCGUUCACUGAAUCUUCCUUAGCUUUUUCCAGUUCACCUUUCUUAUAAUGCAAGUUUCCAAGCCACACGAAAGAACGAGCAACAUCAACAUGAUUUGAACCGAAUUUGUGUUUUUUGAAUCUCUAGUGUCCGUUCAUGCUAAUGCCUAGCUUUCUCUUUAUAAUACAUGUGAGCAGCCAGGGUGUUUAUGAAAGUUAUCAUGCAGUACUACUUCAGAAUUUUAAAUGCAUGCUAAUGAAGACUGAGAUUGUCCCCAUACAUGCGCAGUGAACACUAAUAAAGUAAAUAAAUAAAUUCAUUUACAAGUAAGUUAAUGCACUUCAAAAAAACUCAUUAAUAAUUCAUGAGGGAAACACAAAGAAAAACCAUAAGCGUAUCGUAUCUUAUUUUUAUACAGGGUGUAUAUAAAAAAGAGACCUUUAGAAAUCAACCAUAUUGUUAAAAUUUGAAUGCCUUUUCAAUUGCACAUAUGCUGAACCGUAGGGCGUGAAAUAUUGAUGGGGUGCAUAUGUUAGAAAAAGGAGACAUUUAGAAAUUGAAAUAACGUUUAAACAAAAGAUUGUCUGCUCCUGGGAACAAUCUGCCAUGCAUACUGUACGUAGAUCGCAUGUUACGCACUCGUGGGCUUAGCAAAGUGCUCCAGGAUUCAAAUUAUAACAAUGGUUGAUUUCUAAAGGUCUCCUUUUUCUAAUAUAUGCACUCCAUCAAUAUUUCACGCACCACGGUUCAGCAUAUGUGCAAUUGAAAAGGCAUUCAAAUUUUAACAUGAUACGUGGGAUUAGCAAAGUGCUCCAGGAUUCAAAUUAUAACAAUGGUUGAUUUCUAAAGGUCUCCUUUUUCUAAUAUAUGCACUCCAUCAAUAUUUCACGCACCACGGUUCAGCAUAUGUGCGGAACCCUGUAUCUGAUAAUGAUUUCCCUUGAUUUACAUAAACUUUAACUUUGAUUUUCUCGACUUACACAACGUAUUUUUUUGAAAAUUACUUCGCCAAUGAACUUACUAGAUCCAUCGUUUUUGAUUACAUUCGCAGUGCGUGUUUUAUCAAACCUAAAGAUACUCGGCUUCGCCUUGUAUCUUUACAUCUGAUAAAACACUGCUGCUCAUGUUUUAAAUAGUACAUCUCAAAUUCAUUAAUAAUUCAUGAGCAAUUCAGCCAAUGAUAAUCACCUAUUUGAUCACAAGAUGCCAUUUGGAUACUUGAUGAAAGUCACUAGUGUUUUCAUCAAAUAUCUUAAUUACGCAUGCAAAAUUACUUGAUUCAUGAAUAGAAUUCCUAAUUACGUUAUGCUUGGUUAAGAAUUCUAUUCAAAUCAGCAAACGAAAACAUUCUGUUACGUCUCGAUUCAUUUGAGAAGCCAUAUAAACAACUCGAGCUCGUGUCUCACCGGGAUAUCCAAACACUCGAAAACAAUGUAUGAGAACACUCGCGCUUCGCACUCGUGUUUUCAUACAUUGUUUUCUCGUGUUUGGAUAUCCCGGUGAAACACUCGCUCUCGUUGUUCAUAUAUUACUUUAAAAACUCAUUAAUAAUUCAUGUGGAAAACACAAAGAGAAAUCAUAAGCGUGGCGUCUCUUUAUAUGUGAUAAAACACUCCUACUCGUUUAUUAAACAGUACUUUAAAAACUCAUUAAUAAUUCAUGUGGAAAACACAAAGAGAAAUCAUAAGCGUGGCGUCUCUUUAUAUGUGAUAAAACACUCCUACUCGUUUAUUAAACAGUACUUAAAAAACUCAUUAAUAAUUCAGGAGGAAAACACAAAGAAAAAUCAUAAGCGAUCAUGUUAAUUUACAUAAACUUUAGCUUUGAUUUUCUCGGUUUAGACAAAGUUUAUUUUAAAAAUUACUUCGCUAAUGUACUCAUCAGAAGAUGAUGUGAUAUAAAAUCAUGUUAAUUUACAUAAACUUUAGCUUUGAUUUUCUCGGUUUAGACAAAGUUUAUUUUAAAAAUUACUUCGCCAAUCAACUCGUAUAAGCUGAAAGUCGUUUUUUAAGCCAUUUAAAGCACUUGUAGUCGUGUUUUAUCACAUAUAAAACACUCCGCUACGCGUCGUGUUUUAUAUGUGAUAAAACACUCCUACGCGUGCUUUAAAUAGUACUUCAAACACUCAUUAAUAAUUCAUAAGCUUAUUGGCAAAUCAUGUCAACCAUAAUAUGUCACGUGCAGUGGCUUUAAACCUGAUAAAACGCUCCUAAUUAGUAUUCUUUAUAUAAAGAAUACUAAUAAGGCAGUAUCUAUUGUUGUCGUCAUAAGCUUAUUGGCAAAUCAUGUCAACCAUAAUAUGUCACGUGCAGUGGCUUUAAACCUGAUAAAACGAGUCCUAAUUAGUAUUCUUUAUAUAAAGAAUACUAAUAAGGCAGUAUCUAUUGUUGUCGUGUCCUCAUUAGUAUUUUUUAUAUAAAGAAUACUAAUAAGGCGGUAUAUCUAAUUUGUAUAGUCGUGUUUGAAGCCGUUUAAUAAACUCGCAGGUCGUGUUUUAUUAGGUCUAAAGCCACUCGCGCUGCGCGCUCGUGUCUUUAAACCUAAUAAAACACUCCUGCUCGUUUAUUAAACAGUACAUAAAGAUCAACUGCUCAUAUUUUAACUAGUAUAUAAAAGGGAUUUCUCCCCUUGGGCUCCCAUUUUGAAUAACAGGACACGUAGCAUUUACUUCUUUCACAAGUUUUUCAACAAUUUCCACGUCACUCCAUUCCAUCCUGCGUUUGUGUUCAAAGAUCUCAGAGCCUACCAGAUUGUAGUGACGGCGCAAAACGUCCAGGCAAGUGUUUGUCAAAUUUCCAUGGCACGGCAACGGCGCAAAUGUGUACAGAAAAAGUAUUAGGUUAUUGCUCAGUGGAAGGUCGCGUUUGCCGGUACAGAAUGUUAGAUUGUGCCCCGCAGCUUUAUGCGACAAACAAUAACUCGCUAGAAUUACCUGGGCCGAAUGAAGCGCCGACCCAGGGUCACCAGUAUGAAGGCUUGAUAGAGGGGCUGCCCUGACAGGUUGUAUGUCGUAGGGUCUGAUAGUUGCGUUGGGUUGAAAGCGUUUGUUGUAUUCAUCGAGAGGUGCGGAGCAAAUCUUAAGACUCCAGUCGUAGCGAUCUCUCUCGAAGUGCCAUGCGUAGUUGAGUAUAGUCGUAACCGGGCAAAUUAAGUCGUAAGCACUAAUGUUCCUGUAGACUUCAUCAAAGUUGCGCGCUUUGUAUCUUCGCACUAAGUAUUCCCUACAGUUAGCAAACGUAUCGCGAUAUAUGUAUAUUGGAUAAUGCAGCAUGAAGUCAGCCACAGCCGGUAACCCAAUGGAGAUCUCCGCGCUUUUUACGCAACGUCUAACAUAGUCUAAAUGUAAUUUUGUGCAAUCAGUUCCUACCACUCUCAAUCGCGUACCGUUGUACAUGGAAUUUCGCGUCACUGAAGCGGAAAAUGCCGUGUCAGAAUCCACCCAUGCAAUGACUGUGUCGUUCGUGUAUAAAUCAUUAUAAAAGCUGCUCCAAAUUUGACGAUUGUAGCCAGUGUCACGUUUCGGCCAAGGAAGCUUCAACAGCGUUUCAUAGUCCGUUGGAAGAGGCUCGUAGAGUAUUUCAAGUUUGCGAUCUGGGAAGAAUUGGCGAAACUGUCUCUCCAAAAUUUUCGCUAAUUUUUGAUCCAGAGACGAUUCCUGGUCGAAUACCAGAAGAAGUUUUCCAUACGAAGCGGGCCAAAACAAGACAGCUGUCCUAAAAAAGUCGCAGUAAAAUCGCUUUAUGUGCAAUCCAGUCAUCCGCAUAAAAAGCGUCACUGGCGGGGGUGUUUCAAUUACAUCAACCACGUCAUCUGAAGGUGGAUCAGAUCGUACUUUGCGAACGAGUUCUUCCUUCCAUUGGCCAUUAAUCAUAAACAAAAUAUAGAUGGCGAACAAGAGCAAAAAGAUCGAGACGAAACGUUUCUUAAGUUGAAGCGGAUUCAGCAUAUUAAAUACCUACAAAGAUUUAUCGAAAGAAAACAAGAAAAGUCUGGUUAUGGAGCAGUCAUUUUGGAACUUUGACAAGGCUUAAGUGCUGGGAUGUGACAAAAAACAGCCUUAAAUUUUACAAUUCAAAAACUAUAAACUACCGAUAUUAGGAACCUCAAACAAGAAGGACGCAAAUGCAUCAGUGGAACGAGACAUUUUGAAUUGGAUGAGUCAAGAAAAUAAUCAAACGACUACAAUGUUUUGCGCUUACGGAGACGAAACUGGCUAAAGCGCAUAUCAGACACAAUUGUGAUGAACAUGCCAAACCGGUCCAAAUAACCAACAGAUCGAUCAGGGGCCAGUUGUAUAAAAAGGUUAACUAGGGCCUUUUUAACUAUACAACUGGGGGGGCAAAGCUUCCACUCAACAAUUCCCCCCCCCCCCAAUUAAAAUCCCUUUUCUCUAAAAUAUAAGCAAAACAUUGGAAGAAAAAAAUGGAAUUUAGAAGGGAGGUUAAUUUGAUAUUCUAGUAACUGACAGAUUUGCUUUGUGAAUAUUAUGUCAUGUCUUCUAGUCUUCAAAUGAUUCAAUAUCUUUUUAGUAAAAAUGCUAAACAUUGUGUCGUAAAUACCUUAGAUUUUAAGGCCUAUAGACCCUAUAGAUUUGAGUUGUUGCAAGGCUAGGUUAAACAAGGUAUAGUCUGCGAGGCAUGCUCUGGGUAGGGGAAGGACGAGCCUGCAGUCGCUUCUAAUAAUUUUCAUGAAUAAUUCAUGCCGCCCUUUAUAAUGAAUUCAAAUUCGCUCUAUAGAUUGACCAAUCAUAUCGGAGCAGAAUUUUGUUGUUUACUUCCUGCGAAAUGUCAAUCACGCACGUGUCUUGCGAUAUAUGUCGAUUUCAAUAUAUUGCGAGCUGUACUGUACCUGAUUAUAUGGAGGCGAGUUACCCGGCAAGGAGAAAUCCAGGCUAUUAUAGAAAUUUAUAGUAAUCCCGGGUGACUGUUUACAUGAUGCAGCCGCGAAAGAAAGAGGCAAACCGGCUUUGUAACUCGACCGCCCGAGAUAGAAUGUUCGUGCUUUGCAUUUGAAAUAUAUAUGAUAGCUCAAAAUUAUUGCGCUUAUUCUUGUAUAUACGCUUAUUAUUGUAUUUUGACGAAAUUUUGCAAUGUUUUUUAACGUUCCAAAAUUCAAACGAUUUAAAUCCUUUCUGUGUUUUGGCGCCAUUUCGGCGUCAUGUGGCAAUCAUGCGCAAUACUAUACAAUUACUUUAUGGUUUCCGUGUUUGGAUCACUGAUCUGAAAUAAAACUGGAUAACGCAUCUAUAGUAUACAAAAGUGAAGCCGGAAGUCACCGGCCGCCACCCGAUUCUGGGGCUUCACUUUUGUAAAGAUUUGUAUUACAGACGGUUUUUCGCGUUUUUUGCCUUGGCUACGUUUCCGCCCGGGCCAAUUUUACAAUCACAAAGAUAGAAGCAUACAAGAAGAAUUUUGAGCAAAAUAUUUGGAGUAUUAUGGCUUUAUAACGCCGCGAAAUGGGAUUUACAACUUUGAAGGAGUGGAGAGCCUCAGACUUUGUUUAUCAACACGAGCUCGUUUUGCUACUUUCAUACAAAAUCAACUCAAAAUAUACAGGAAUUACUGUUACUGGACGAAUAUUCUCAGGAAAUUUGAAGAAAUGAAGCAGCUACAUUGUGAACAAAAGUGUACUGAGGUUUAAAUAGUUUUAAAAUACCUUGAGGCUACUUUCAUAAUAUUUAUAUGAAUUUAUAAGGAACAGUUUUAAAUAUCAGUGUUGUCAAGAGCAUUCCUCGGCGCCUUGUCGAGAAGUUUUAUAUGUUUUAAAGUAGAAAGACAAGUGACAAUCAAAUAUUUUUAAUCCAAAUUAAGCCUGUUCUAAACGUCGCAUUUUGCAUGUGCCGAAUGCAUUCAAAACAAUGGAUAAUGAGGCAUUUCAGCUGAUUAUCUAAUGUUUUGAAUGCAUUGGGCACAUGUAAAAUGACUCAAUAUAAUGUUAUUUUAAUUCAUAUAAUUAUAAAAGUAGCCUCAAGGUAUUUUAAAACUAACCUCUGUACGCUUUCGUUCACAAUGUAGCUGCUUCAUUUCUUCAAAUUUCCUGUGAAUAUUCGUCCAGCAACAGUAAUUUUUAUAUAUUUUGAGUUGAUUUUGUAUGAAAGUAGCAAAACGAGCUCGUGUUGACAAACAAAGUCUGAGGCUCUUCACUCCUUCAGAGUUGUAAAUCCCGUUUCGCGGCGUUAUAAAGCCAUAACACUCCAAAUUUUUUUCUCAAAAUUCUUCUUAUAUGCUUCUAUCUUUGUGAUUGUAAAAUUGGCCCGGGCGGAAACGUAGCCAAGGCAAAAAACGCGAAGAACUACCGUCUGUAAUACAAAUCUAUACAAAAGUGGGGCCCCAGAAUCGGGUGGCGGCGGGUGACUUCCGGCUUCACUUUUGUAUACUAUAGAUGCGUUAUCCAGUCUUAUUUCAGGUCAGUGGUUUGGAUGGCCUGAUCCAAACACGCGGGAAUGUUGCGAGAGAAAAGCGCGCGUCGUGUGUCGUGAGUAAAGUCGUGGGUAAAAUCGUGUGUCAUAAAAUGUGCUAAAAACGCAUUUUUUCACGAAAAUAUUAUUUUUGUUUAAAAUAAAAAUAUUACUUUUAUGCGCCACAUAAAUACAGGAAAUUUAACGCAACAAAUCUCCAGUAAUAAAUACAUGCUGUUUCUUAUUCUUAUCUACACUAUAACAAGUAAAUGUUUCCGUUUCGUAUAGUCUAAUAAUUAAGUCUAUACUGCAUAUUGUUUGAUGAUAAAAUGUCUUAAGUUAUAGGAUAUAGGUUUAUUAGCUUUGGAAGUGUUAUAGUCCCUAUCACGAACGUCGCGAAUAACUAUGUCGAUUGCACAUGUCUGAUAGAAACAUAUUGAGCUAUAAAUUCUACGCUGUAAGUGUAAAGUGGCCAACGCUCGAGCCUCAAAUUUUGCUAUUUUAUCUCCUAGUAUAUGUUCGUGGCCCUUAAAGAACAUAUUGAGCUAUAAAUUCUACGCUGUAAGUGUAAAGUGGCCAACGCUCGAGCCUCAAAUUUUGCUAUUUUAUCUCCUAGUAUAUGUUCGUGGCCCUUCCAAAGAUAAGAUAAGAUAAGAUAAGAUAAGAUGAUGAGAUAGCUCUUCACGUCUAGUCUCCAAUUUGGUGAUACCAGCCGACAGCAACGCAUCUUUAUAAGUUUGUUCAGGGUAUACAAUACGCAAGGCUCGCUUUUGGAUUUUUUCAAGUUUGUCAGAUAAAUAGCAUGAGAUAGAGUUGUGCCAAACUUCACAAGAGUAUUCAAGGAUUGAGCGUAUUAACGCAAUAUACACAGUGAGAAGGUCUGCAGGAGGAAUACAAGAUAGACCACAGGAUAGGAGAUCGAUCUGGAUAGGAGAUCGAUCGACCCAUAGAUUUGGUUUUCAUCAGUUAUGGUUACAAAUUCAGCAUAAAAAAUUGAAUUCUUCUCUAUUAUGCGUUUGUUACCGACCUCCAGAUAGUCCUGUAUCUUGUUUUACCAAUAAUUUUAUGGAUAAUUAUAUCAACGCACUCACUUUUGGUAAAGAUAUCAUAAUUGCUGGAGACUUAAAUUGCGACUUGUUAAAGACAGCUCAAGAGGCAAAGGUUUUGAAUGAUUUUUGUCACUGUUUAAAUUUGACACAGUUAAUUGAUAAACCGACGAGGGUCACGUCACGUUCGUCAACGCUUAUUAGACGCUUUUAGAUAACAAGACGCGGACGUCAAGAGGACGUGAAAAUGACGUAUGCACCUCGCGUUCACUUCCGGGUUUUAAUCUGAGACGGCUUGUUUGUCUUUUUCGAAGCAAAUUUUUGUUUUCUUGUUACCUGUUCAUUCCUGUAUUGUUUUCAAUCAGUUGUCAAGAUAUGUGCAAGAAAAGGCUAUAUAAUACUGGGCAAGUGUUUCCUGAUGAAUUAGUAUGGACAUUCAAUAAGUUUUUUUUAGAAAAAAGGUUAUUUUUGGUAUUUUGAAAUGUGAACUUUGUUGCAUCAUUUGGAAUAAAUACAACAGCUGCAGGUAUUGUUUACGAGCUAAUUGUAGCCUAUUCAAUCAAGUUGUCAACUGUUCAGUAUAAAUAUAGCAUCAGUGUUUAUAUUGGUAAAAUUUAAUACUGUUUACGAUAGUUUUUCACGCUGGAAAGCGUUUUUUUUGCUUGUCCUACUUUUUGCACUGUUGUGACAGAGCAACUAAAAUUGAUAGAGUUUUUACUGCUUUUAAGUGCUUUUAUUUUUCUAUUUUCCCACGUUUUCCUGAUUUUAAACAGUUGUUAAUAUAACUUCAGUUUAGUUUGUGCUAAAAUAUUUGUUUUGGUGAAGAUUACUAGCGGUAUUGAAGUGGUUAUUAACAAUGCUUGCAGUUUUGAUAUAACUUCAGUUUAGUUUGUUCUAAAUAUUUGUUUUGGUGAAGAUUACUAGCGGUAUUGAACUGGUUAUUAACAAUGCUUCAAACUAUGCUUGCAGUUUUGUUGACUGAUUUGUUUAUGGCGACCGAAAGUAUUUGUCGAAAAUCAACUCGUCUAAAAUUUAGCGAAAUACAAGAAAAACAACCUUGUCAAUGGAAAAACUUUAGCUAGUAUCAUUAAACAAUACAUGGGGAACAAAAUAGGAUGAUUUUUAUUAUGCAUAGUCUCAUAUUUUUUUCAAAAGAAGCAAAAAUCUGUGACGUUCUAGAGAGGACGUGAAAAUUGUAUUUUCGCGUCGUGAAAUCGUCCAAGACGACGUCGCAAACUAGAAGCUGACGAUAGUUGGCGCCAAAUGACGACAUCCACGUCCUCUUGACGUCCGCGUCUUGUUAUCUAAAACCGUCUAUUGAUGUCAUGAUGACUUCAAAUAAAGAUUUGAUUGCAGAAAGUGUGAUUGAAACCUAUGAGUGCUUGAAACCUAUAUUAGUGAUCAUUUUCUGGUUUACUGUUCACUCAAACUAAAGUUGAUAAAACCGCAUCCAAUUUGUAUCACUGCAAGGAGUUAUAAGCAUUACGACCGAAACCAAUUCCUCUGUGAUUUGGCAUGUAUUCCGUGGCAUGAGAAUUUAUUUGUUGAAAAUGUAAAUGAUAAACUGUCGCAUUUUGAUAGUAAUUUGCAAAAUGCAUUUGCUAGGAAUGCACCAAUUAAGACAAUGAAAAUAAGACAUCGACAAGUGCCAUUUGUUGACGAUGAGAUCAAAGAACUGAUGAAAAAUAGAAAUAGAUUACACAAAUUUGCUCGUCUAACCCGAAUGCCAGCUGCAUGAUUGGGAGAAAUAUCGUGCGCUUCGAGAUAAAGUUAAAUGUAAGCUACGCCAAGCAGAAAAAGAUUAUGUACACAAUGAAAUAUAUAAUAACCCAAAUAUAGCAUCGAUGUGGAAAGUCAUCAGGAACUGCGUUCCUCGUAAAGAGACCACGAAACCAAGUUAUUCCGGAGAUGUUAAGAAAUUAGCUAAUGAAUUCAAUACCUUUUUUACCUCAGUGGGGAUAAAUACAUCAGCAACUGCAUUGGCAUUGCUUACUGAACAUGGACUACCCAUACUGAAUCCACCAACAUCUACCGAAAUACCUGAGAUCGAUCAAUUUUAUUUCCAUUCAGUAUCGUGUAGUGAAAUAAGUAGGGUUGUUAUGUCCUUUUCAUCAAAUAAGGCACCAGGAUUUGACAAAGUAUCAAUGGCUGUGAUCAAGGACGCCUUACCGUACAUCCUUCCUACAUUUACACAAAUUGUUAAUUGUUCCCUGGAAACAGGUGUUUUCCCAACAGCCUGGAAGAAAGCAGAGGUUAUCCCACUUCUGAAGGAAGGGGAUUAUGAAAUUCCGAAUAAUAAUCGGUCCGUGUCGUUGUUAGUGGCUGCAUCUAAUAUCUGUGAACGCGUGAUAUUCAAACAGUUAACAGAGUAUAUGACAAAGAGGAAAAAAUUUACUAAACAUCAAAGUGGAAAUAGGAAGUUACAUUCAACCGAAACAUUAGACAUAUUCAUCUCAGAUUUAAUUCUCCAGUCCAUGGAUCGUAGAGAAGUGACUGCUUUACUCUUACUGGACUUGUCUAAAGCUUUUGAUAGCUUAGAUCAUUUCAUUCUGCUAGGAAAACGUUCGAAUAUUGGAAUCUCGAAGCCUGCGUUGUUUUGGUUUGAAAGCUAUUUGACAGGCAGGUGCCAAUCAGUACGUACUGCGUCAGUGUUAUCUGAUGAAUGUGAAAUAACUCGCGGUGUUCCGCAGGGAUCGAUACUGGGUCCGGUGUUAUUUAAUAUAUAUAUCAACGACUUGCCUGGUGUACCAAAGGAGUCCAAUUUGGAGUCGUAUGUGGACGACUCAAAAAUAUAUUUAGCAUUCUCAAUCAGGGAUGCCGAGUUGGCAGCUAUGAAACUCACAGAAGACAUGCGAAGAAUUACCGCCUGGUGCUGUCUUAACGGUUUGUUGGUGAAUCCAGAAAAAACUAAGUUGCUUAUGUUAGGUACUAGGCAAAUGUUAGAACAGGUACCUGAAAAUUUUCAAAUAACUAUCCUUGGUGAGAAUAUUACCCCAGUUGCUGUUGCAAAGGAUUUAGGGAUGAUAUUGGACUCAUGUUUGAGCUACGACGAACAUAUCGCAAGCGUUGUUUCAUCUUGUAUCGCUGGAUUGGGCCAAAUUAGCAGGGUUAAACGUAUCUUUGACAGAAAAACAUUAAUUCUUAUUAUAAAUUCCCUGAUUUUUAGCAAAAUGUAUUACUGCUCUGAUGUCUGGUCUAAUACAUCACAAAGAAAUAUCGAGAAGCUUCAAGCGGUCCAGAACUUUGCUGCGCGUAUUGUUACAGGAACAAGAAAAUACGAUCACGUGACUCCUGUUCUGCAACAACUGGGCUGGCUUCCAGUUAAAUACAUGUUAAAAUUAAGAGAAGCCAUUUUUGCUUUCAAAUGCUUGAAGGGGUUGGCACCAUUGUAUUUAUGUGAGAAGUUCCAUGUCAGGUCAGAUGUUCAUGGCGUUAACACAAGGCAAAAGAACAUUUUGGAUAUACCAAUGUACAGAUCAGCUGCGGGUCAACGAACAUUUCACUAUAGGGCUGUGUCGUUGUGGAAUUCUCUGCCUCAGUCUCUUAAAAACAUUGAUACUUUGACUCAUUUUAAGUACUAUUUAAAAACGAGCGCGCAGCGCGAGUGGCUUUAGACCUAAUAAAACACGACCCGCGAGUUUUUUAAAUGACUUCAAAAACGUAUGCAUAAUAAGUCAAAUCUUUAUAUAAAAAUCUUUAUAUAAAAACCUUUAUAUAGUUUGCAUAACAAUGGUCUUUUGUUAAAGUGUUCUUUAGCUGGUUUAAAGACGUAUGCACGUGACUAAUUUCUUACUCAAGAUUGGAUAAUUGCUUCAUGAAUUAUUAAUGAGUUUUUGAAGUACUGUUUAAUAAACGAGUAGGAGUGUUUUAUCACAUAUAAAGAGACGCUACGCUUAUGAUUUCUCUUUGUGUUUUCCUCAUGAAUUAUUUAUGAGUUUUUAAAAGUAGAAUACAAACGUAUGUUAUUAGAAGAAUUUUUAACUGAAAGUGGUGUUUAACAGAUUUAUAGAAUAUUUUAGAACUAUAGCCUAUGUUAUACCUUAGGUCAAAACUCAAAAUUCAUUUUUAGAUACUUGUUGCUGCCGCAGCGAGCGAGCCUGAAGCGAGCGAGCAAGGCAGCAGAUCCUAAUUUUGUUUUGUGGGUCGAAAUCAAAAUUUUCUAUUUGGCGCAUUGCAUGACGGUACCAGUGAAUUUUAACCGUGGCGCAGCGCGGUCAGGCAUAAGGCAAAUAGCAAUGUGAUCUUUCAUCUUUGGUCUUCUUUAAUGGAAAGCCAAAGCUGGAUUAAAGUGAUCUAACGGCAUUUUGUUGGGUGCUUUUAGCAUUAUACAGCGGUGGUUUCGGCAUUAUAUGCGGUGCUUCCGCCAAUAUACGCGGUGGUUGGAGCCGAUCAUACGCGGUGCUUUCGCCAUCAUACCGGGUGCUUUUACCAUUAUACGCGGUGCUUUCACCAUUUUAAUAUACGCGGUGGUUUCGUAAUUAUACGCAGUGGUUCAAGCAUUAUACGCGGUUCUUUUAACAUUAUACGCGAUGCUUUCAUUCAACAUUGAAUAUGUGGUUGACAAUGCUUUUUGGUUUUUGCCUCUAGUCUGCAAUGAGAAUGACAUGCUUUAAAAAGGUUUAUUUAUGCACUUUGUGAGUUCUAUAUAUUAUCAUAUAGUGUUGAUUUAUUAGUAAUAAAUCUGCCAUGAAUACAACGCAACGAAUGCGCCAAGCAGUAUGAACGCGACUGAAAUAGGAUAUUUAUUUAUAAUAAAAUCUUGAAUGUGCCGUAUGAUUUAAUUAUGUUUUAGGAUUUAAAAAUCUUUGUCAUUUGUAUUUAUGCUUGUACUGCAUCACAAGGCAGUGCGUAAGUGAACAGAUUCCACAUGCGAGGUUGUCUUGUAUAUAUUUUUGCCUUCUUUGAUAAACAUUAUUAUUAAACACGCAAAUUUUAAUUACGCACAGUCACACAUGUUAAAUGUCACCUGCAUGUCAUUGUCCUUUAACCCCAGGGGCCGGUUGUAUAAAACUCUUUAAAUUAAUAAUCACUUUUUUAAUCACCAUUUUGUAGCAGGCUGAUUUUGUAGUUACAUAGUGAUUAACUCUCAAAUACGCGCUUCUUAUUGGAUGACGUUUCCACUAAUCGAAUUGGCCGUUUUUGAAAAUGUUGAUGUAUAAAUUAUGGAUGAUUCCAAUUCAUUACAAAUAUUUCUUAUUCUUGUUGCUGCCGCAGCGAGGUCGCCUGAAACUGGGAUGUCACAUUAAUAGCUUGUUUACAUUUCCUGGAGGGGGUCGGCUAUUUUGCGAGUUGCGAGCUGCGAGUUGCGAGUUGCGAGUCGCUAUCCUCGCUUUGAAUUAGGCUUUGAAAAUAUAUUAAUAUGGACGACAUGGAAGGCAAAGUUGUUAGAUCCAUCGAUACGUAUGUUCAAGAAUUAAAAUAAUUAUAUUGGAAAUAAAAGUGCAAGUUUAUAUUUGCCGUUUCUGUGUUUAAUUAAAUCUAGUAUAGUUAUCCAGACCAUUUUGUGCUUUCUAAUCUUAAAAUGGUUAUUUAAUUUUAUUAGUAAGUACGACUCAGUUUGUUUACCUAUAUAUACUGAACGCUAGGAACCCUAUAAAACUCAAGUCCUUUUCAUCGGAAGUACAAUUUAUUUUAUACAAUUUGUACAUAGACAUACAUAUACAUAUACAUACAUAAACUUUAUCUAAACACGGGAAAAAACCAUCAGUAUAUCAAAACGAUUGCUAUUUACAAGUUUGUAAGUAUAAAAAUAAAUGCAAUGAAUGAUUAUUUCAAAAGCGGAAAAUUGGCGCCAAAUUGAGACAAAGCUAAAAUCCCAUCCGCCAGGAUGCCAUACAGUUUUCAAUUUGAAUUUUUAGUGUAAACCACAGGUGUAAACACCUGGUUCGGUGCUUCAAAGCUAGGUUAGUGUUAACCCUGGGUUAAAAUUAAACCCGAUGUUAUUAGAAAUUAACAAUAUACUCGUAACUCGCAACUCGCAGCUCGCACUUUAGAUAAUCUCUUCCUGGAGCAUCAAAUCUUAUGUUUAACCACGGUGGUUUAACCCAUUAGCUGGCAAUGCGCCCUUCCCUUGUCCAGCGCCAGAAGAUUUUACUCGUCAGUGGUAUAGAGUACUGCCAGUAAAUGGGUUAACAAAACUAUCUGCCAAUGUCUCUUGUUAACCAUCAGCACAGUAUAACCCCUACUUUAGUAUUUACCCUGACCAACGCCAGACGAUUUUUAAUACUCAGUCAGUCGCAGGGUACUGUCAAUAAAUGGGUUAACAAGGAUAACAUUAAUAGGAUGUUUCUGAAGGACUCGUUCAACACCCUGUAGUUUGUCUUUUGCUGUCAAAGGCAGCAUUACUGCCCUGUGGGUAACCUAGUAUAGAUAUAGAAUUUCAUAUUUGUAAUUAGAUCCUGAAAAGCCCAAUUGGGAGUAUUUAAUAUUGUAUAAUAAUAAUAAAAAGACAAACAUUUGCCGUUCGGAAAUAUUCCAUAAAUCGUUACGAUUUGGGAUUUCGCGAUUAAAAACCGAAAUAAUUUGUACGAUGUCGGGCUAUUUGCCAACCGAGCGCGUUAAUAGCCGCUGUUAUUUUGACAGAAUAUGAUACCUCUACACUUUUCAGCCGUAAUACAUAAUGCGCGCAUUGUAAAUUUGUAAUCAUAUGCAUAUCGUUUAAUUUAGUUUCAAAAACUUGAUAAAAUCAAAAUUGCUGUAUUUAGUUAAAUGUAAAAUGCGCAGGAUGUUGCGUACAUUAACAAAGAAAAAAAGUUGAUUACAAUGCGCGCUGAAAAUUACGGCUGAAAAGUGUAGAGCCUAGAGGUAUCAUAUUCUGUCAAAAUAACAGCGGCUAGCCGGUUGGCAAUCAAGCCCGUAGCUGGCUCUCAAUUUCUGGGGGGGGGGGGCACUGCAGAAAGAAUAUAACAGACGGUUUGAGAUGAGAAAAUUUUUUUCCGGAAUUUAUUUUGGCGACCUCUCCAAGUAAAUCAACCUCUCCAAGUAAACGAAGGCAAAACUACGAGGAUUUUCAGCGAUCGGCAAUUCUGAAACUUGGAGAACUGUUAAAGAUAAUUGUCCCUCCAGACAAGGGCACCCGCAGAAGGAAAUAAUAUCGGACUCAAUGUAUCGGACAGUACUCUUCUCGGAGGCAACGAACCAAAUAGGUAAUCGGUGUGACCCCAUACAAGGUAACUUUAACAAUUUAUUUAAUGAGUUAGAGUCUUCUAAAGGCUUACGAUUAGCGUGCUUGAAUAUUAACAGCCUGUUGAAAAACAUUGAUCAGCUUCGCUUGAUCAUGCAAAACAUGCCAGUUGAUAUUCUUGCUAUAAACGAGACAAAAUUAAACCAUUUGGUGCCUGAUAGUGAAAUAGCAAUCGCUGGUUACUUUCACAUUCGCCAUGACCGAUCUAGAUCUGGUGGGGGAGUACUAUUGUAUGUUCGUGACUUUAUACCGUUUUCUGAACGAAAUGACUUAGUAACUGACUCACUAGAAAUGAUAUGCAUUGAAAUUAGUAAACCUCACAAUAAGUCAUUUUUAGUAAGCACUUGGUAUAGAGCUCCUAACUCGCAAUCUGCUCUUUUUGAUGAAUAUGAGGCUUUUUUAAGAAAUAGCGAUAUAGAAAAUAGAGAGGUAAUAAUUAUGGGUGAUUUGAACUGUGAUAUCUUGAAAUCUCCUUGUGAGUCUCAUACUCGCAAGCUACAGUUCCUUUCAUCACUUUAUCAGUUCGAUCAGUUUAUUGAUGAACCCACAAGGAUUACUGGAACAUCAGCAACUCUAAUUGAUCUAAUUCUGACAAAUAAAGAGGAAAAUAUUUCAAAGUCUGGUGUCAUACACCUUGGACUUUCUGAUCACAGUAUGAUUUUCGCUAUUAGAAAACAUUGUAUUCCCAAAUCACGGGAAAAGGUUAAACAUAUUCGUAACUUUAAAAAUUUCAAUGCCAAUGAUUUUCUUACGGAUCUUUCACAGAUGCCGUGGGAGAACAUUGCCCAACAUGACAAUUCUAAUGUAUGCUGGCAGGUAUGGAAAACACUAUACCUCCAGGUCCUUGAUCGACACGCUCCCCUUAGACGUAUGAGAACUCGUGGAAAUUCUCUCCCUUGGAUUUCUUCAGACAUCAAGAGUAUAAUGAGAUCAAGAGACUUCCACAAAAUAAAGGCGGUUAGACAUAAUUCUCAAAGUCAUUGGACAAAAUAUAAGGAAUUACGAAACAAAGUUAAUGCUGAACUAAUUAAAGCUAAAAGAAACUAUUUCUGCAAUAAAAUAGAAGAUUGUGCUCAGUCCAAAGACAUAAAGCAAAUUUGGAAUUUAAUUAACCACCUCAUGGGUAAAAAUGUGAAAUCAAACACGAUAUCCCAACUUAAAACGGAUAAUUCUGUCAUUUCAGACGAUAAAUUGAAAUCUGAGGCUUUUAAUGAUUUCUUUGUCAAUAUCGGGGCAAAACUUGCAGCUGAAAUUGAAGAUAAUUCCCUCAACACAAAUUCUUUUGCUCGCUGAGAUUCUGGGCCUACUACCGACUCCAAUCUUUUUUUCAAAUUUUCUGAAAUUAACGAGGACGAAGUAAUAUAUCAAUUGCGUAGUCUCAAAAUUUCAAAAUCCACAGGAUUAGAUAACAUCCCUGCUAAAGCUCUUAAAAUAUCCGCGGACAUUGUUGGUCCGCCAUUAACUUGGAUAUUUAACCUUUCGAUCAAAAAAGGAGAAUAUGUGGAUGAAUGGAAAAAAGCCUGGGUUACACCCAUUUAUAAAUCUGAUGACAGGUUGAAAUGCGAGAAUUAUCGCCCUAUCUCGAUACUACCCAUUGUUAGUAAAAUACUUGAGAGAUGCGUUUUUAAUCAAAUUUAUAAAUUUCUUAAUGACAAUUCACUUCUUUCAAAACAUCAACAUGGUUUUCGGCCUAAACAUUCAACUCUCACCGCUCUAACUCAGGUGUGCGAUACUCUUUAUGAAAAUAUGGAUAAUGGUCAAUUGAGCGGCAUUGUUUUUCUUGACAUUCGUAAAGCCUUCGACUCAAUUGAUCAUAAUAUUCUGCUUCAUAAAUUAAAAGAUCAAUUCGGUAUAUCGGAUAUUGAGUUAAGAUGGUUUGAAUCUUACUUAAAUAAUAGGGAGCAAGUCUGUAUUGUUAAUAAUUCAAUGUCAUCGUCAAAACGGAUUGUUUCUGGGGUCCCGCAGGGAUCUAUUUUAGGUCCACUGUUAUUUUUACUCUAUAUCAAUGACCUCCCCGAAUGCCUACAAAAAACUACUCCUUAUUUAUAUGCUGACGAUACCCAAAUUUGCUGCAGCUCUAACAGUUUGAUUGAAUUAACCGAAAACCUUAAUCACGAUCUGAGUAGAAUCGGUGAUUGGCUUUCUAGAAAUAAAUUACAACACCACCCAACUAAGACCAAAAUAAUGUUCAUUGGCUCUAAACAUCAUAUUAAUUCCAUGUUAAAUAACCAACGCAUCCCCAGAGUUCACUCUUUCACAUGUCUUGGUCUCGAUUUAGAUGAAAAUCUUAACUGGAAUUCACAUAUUCAGGCGAUUUGCAAAAAGGUUGGAGCAGGCCUGGGUACUUUGAGACGUAUUAAACCCUUUGUUCCAAUAACCACCCUUCAAACAAUUUAUCGAGCUCUGAUUCAGCCGUAUUUUGAUUAUUGUUCUCCCAUUUGGGGCGUCUGUGAUCAAAAUUUGAAAAAUAAACUCCAAAAAUUUCAAAAUCGCGCAGCCCGAAUCAUUGUCGGUGCAAGUUAUGAGAUUAGAUCUGCUGAUGUUCUUCAAUCUCUUGCUUGGGACAAUUUAGAGACAAGACGACGUACAACCAAAGCAAUAUUAAUGUUUAAAGUCUUGAAGGAUUACGUAGGACCUACGUUGAAAGAAUCCUUGAUAAGACGCAAUCAUAUGCAAACAAAUUAUGAUCUUAGAAAUAGUCAUACAGAUUUGGCUCUUCCUAAGCCUAAAAGAGAAUUCCUAAAAAAGAGUUUUAAAUACAGUGGGGCUAAGCUAUGGAAUAGUCUCUCUAUCGAUACGAAACUGGCAGAAUCAAUGCACCUGUUCAAAAGCCAUUUAAAACUUAACUCUAAUACUAUAUAUAUUUGAAAUAAAUUGUAACUCCGUCUAACCAUAACAUCUGGGGUCACACCAAUUUGUAAAUAGUCUUCUUUUCCCUUAUAUCUUUUGUAAUUUUUAACAUUGUAGACGUCCUCCGUGGAAACCAACGCACCGUUGACGGGGCUAGUGUCUUUAAAUAAAGUUUUAAUACAAUACAAUACAAUACCUCUACCCCCCCCCCCGUCGCCAAAAGAAUUUCGGUCAGUGUACCAAUUUAGGGGUCAAAAAAUUUUUCCGGACAGACCAAUUUUUUCCGGACAGACCAAAUUUUUCCGAAACCUAACAAAAUUUUUCGAAACAUCACAAAAUUUACCACAAAAUUUACAGAAUAUGUCCCAUGAUUACAAUUGGUUUCCAGGUCCUUUAUCUCAAUUUUUCAUACAAAAUUUCGGAGUGGGGGGCACUGGGGGGGCACUGCCCCAAUGAGUGCGGGGGCAAUGCCCCCCAGCCCCCCCCCUCAGCUACGGGCCUGUUGGCAAUUAGCUCGACAUCGCACAAAUCAAUUCAUAAAUCGGUUUUCAAUCGGGAAAUCCCAAAUCGUAGCAAUUUAUGGAAUAUUUCCGAACGCCACAUACACAUGAAAUGUUUGUCUAUCUUUAAGGGCCACGAACAUAUACUAGGGGAUAAAAUAGCAAAAUUUGAGGCUCGAGCGUUGGCCACUUUAACAGCGUAGAAUUCAGUUACAGUAUAGCUCAAUAAUCAAUAUGUUUGUAUCAGACAUAUGCAAUCGACAUAGUUAUUCGCGACGUUUGUGAUAAGGACUAUAACACUUCCAAAGCUAUAACUUAAAGUGGAACUCAAAUCCUGCUAAUAUCAGUGAACUGCUGUAUUUUUUAAAAUAUGAUGUACUGUCUGAAUAUCUAACACCAUUUUGGUUCGCUUAUGCUUCUAAAUGAAUAUGAAAUAGAGUUUAUGUUCAGACAUUGUUAUGGGUAUGGGCAUUGUUAUGGGUCCUCACAUUGUUAUGGGCAGAACCGAUGCGCAGAACGGACUUGACUUCCACUUUAACUUAAAGCCUGGUUCACAUAUAUGCCUGCGACGUACCGGCGACGAUGCCGGUGGUAGCUUAAAACGUGAAUUAUGUGAAUAUUUGUUCGCCGAUUGCCUCCAGUGCCACAGUUACAUCGGCGGUAGGCCGGGAAAGUUGACUUGAGUUCAACUUUGCCGGUAUUUCUGCGGCAAGUAGAGGCAUAAUGAUACAGUCACAGGCAUACCGCAGGCAUAUGUGAACCAGGCUUAAGACAUUUUAUCAUCAAACAAUACAUCUAUAGACUUAUUAGACCAUACGAAACGGAAACAUUUACUUGUUAUACUAUAGAUAACAUCAAGAUAAGAAACAGCAUACAUGUAUUUUAUUUUAUUACUGGAGAUUUGUUGCGUUAAAUUUUCCUGUAUUUAUCUAGCGCAUAAAAGGAAAAAGUACGAAAAAAAAUAUUAAAAAUAAAAAUAAUAUUUUUGUGAAAAAAAAGCGUUUUUAGCACAUUUUAUAACCCACGACUUUACCCACGACACACGACUUUUAACCCACAGUACGAAAAAAAAUAUUAAAAAUAAAAAUAAUAUUUUUGUGAAAAAAAAGCGUUUUUAGCACAUUUUAUAACCCACGACUUUACCCACGACACACGACUUUUGAACACACGACAUAUAGGGACACUCAUACCAAUAUAAAUGCUUGUUAUUAUGCGUAAUAUUACGAGUCGGAUAAGUUUAGCACAUUUUAUAACCCACGACUUUACACGACACACGACUUUUAACCCACGACACACGACAUAUAGGGACACUCAUACCAAUAUAAAUGCUUGUUAUUAUGCGUAAUAUUACGAGUCGGAUAAGAAUAAAAUUGCAUAAAACCGUUACAGACACGACUUUUAACCCACGACACACGACAUAUAGGGACACUCAUACCAAUAUAAAUGCUUGUUAUUAUGCGUAAUAUUACGAGUCGGAUAAGAAUAAAAUUGCAUAAAACCGUUACAGACACGACUUUUAACCCACGACACACGACAUAUAGGGACACUCAUACCAAUAUAAAUGCUUGUUAUUAUGCGUAAUAUUACGAGUCGGAUAAGAAUAAAAUUGCAUAAAACCGUUACAGACACGACUUUUAACCCACGACACACGACAUAUAGGGACACUCAUACCAAUAUAAAUGCUUGUUAUUAUGCGUAAUAUUACGAGUCGGAUAAGAAUAAAAUUGCAUAAAACCGUUACAGACACGACUUUUAACCCACGACACACGACAUAUAGGGACACUCAUACCAAUAUAAAUGCUUGUUAUUAUGCGUAAUAUUACGAGUCGGAUAAGAAUAAAAUUGCAUAAAACCGUUACAGACACGACUUUUAACCCACGACACACGACAUAUAGGGACACUCAUACCAAUAUAAAUGCUUGUUAUUAUGCGUAAUAUUACGAGUCGGAUAAGAAUAAAAUUGCAUAAAACCGUUACAGACACGACUUUUAACACACGACAUAUAGGGACACUCAUACCAAUAUAAAUGCUUGUUAUUAUGCGUAAUAUUACGAGUCGGAUAAGAAUAAAAUUGCAUAAAACCGUUACAGAAACUUGUAAGGUUACCCUCACCUGUCCACGUACCUACUAUUACGCGUAAUAUUACAAGUAAAAAUAGCAAAAUCUAGCUUUUAUAGUAUAAGUGUAUGUAAAGGGCCAUUUACACCACACAACAUCUGCUUAUAAUUAUAAAUUCAAAACUGUCGCAUGGAACGCGCGUGCUUAAUAUUAAAAACAUGAGUUGUGGUUGCACUAUGUAAAUCAAGCACACAAUUCUUCUACAUUGUCGUACGUGAGUUAAUUAUGUGCUUGAUUUGCACAAUUUUUAAGUUUAGAUAUAGGUAGCGAAAACCAUAUUGGUGUCCUAGUAAUAUUUUAUGCAGCAAAUCUUUGAUCAUCAAAACGAUAGUGUGAUGGCCUCGUCAGUUCAGUUCAGCUUGUGAAAAUUAUGCGAUUGCAUGUAUUUGAUGAAACAUUGAACAUUGAACAUUGAACAUUUAUUUAAACACGGUAAAAUCUUCAGUGUAGAAUAAAAUACAAAAACUAUUAAUAAAUUUCACACAUCACUAUAUACACACUAAUUUCCUAACUAAAAUGCACUGUUUUCCAAGAUUGCCGUGUGGGGAUCCCAUUAUAAUGUCAAGAAUUGAUUAAUUUCAUUUUUGAAAUGCCUCAAUGAUUUGGACGUACGUGCAGUUUGAGGAAGCGCAUUCCAUAAACUUGCUCCACUGUAGCAGAAACUACGCUUCAUAAAGUCCGUACGUGGUUUUGGUAAAUUUAGCUUCAUUUCUGCAUUUCUUAAGUUAUAAUCUGUGCUGCGAAAUGUAAACAUGUUUUGUAAAUACUCUGGCGUUAGCUUAUUGAUAGUUUUAAACAUUAGUAUAGACUUGUGCUUUUUCCUACGUAAGGAAAGAUUGUCCCAAUGCAGUUUCUCUAAGAGAAUGCUAGAGCUGACUGGGGAUAAAAGUAUAUUAUUAUAUAUAUUUUAAAUUUAGUAGUAAUAAUAACUGGCAGUAAUAAUUUUGUGCCGCAAUAGUCCUUAAAUGUUAGAUCAGCAAGUGUAGUGUGAAAUAUGAUGGCCUCGUGUUGUUGGCGCAAUGUAUCGGCCUGUGAAAAUUAUGUUGUAUUUGAUGAAACUGAACGACUUGUAUUUGUGUAAAUGUAAACCUACGAAAUAUAAGUACAGGUGAAAAUUUAUGAAACAUAAAAUCGGAGAUGCGUGUGUUAAAAUUGUAACGAUAAACCCGACCCAAAGUGUAUAUGAUCGCGCUGUACUGAAAAGCUUGUAUGCAGGAGGCAUGUAAAAUAUAAAGCGAGAGAAAUAAUUGUAUAUGCGACAGUUUUAGGAAAAAGAUGUGCAGUGUGGAUCGACCCUAAUAAUACUAUAGCCUAUAUAUAAUACUGUAGCCAAUCCCUAUCUGCACGAGCACAUGAGUCGGUGAGAGAUUUAGCUAUCGCUUUGAGUUUACAUAGCACGAAUGCCGAACUGGCCGAAUUUGAACGCCAUAACCGUAAGAAUUUCCGCUCAGAUAAACGUAUACAACGGGUAUAAUUCGCAGUUUAUAAAAAUUCGUCAGCUCUGGUGUAGUAAUUAAAAAAAUGAACAAACUUACCAGAAAUGUCCGAACAACGGUUUCUCAUUUCGUUCCGCCUCAAAACAAUGCUUUAUAUCUGAAUAUAUAAAUAUUUAGGUCCUGUGAUUCUGUGAAUAUGAAUCUUUUUAAUGGGACAUCAAGAUCAAUCGUCUUCAAGUAUUUGUCUUCAAGCCUAAUUGGCUAUAGGAAUUACCCAACGGCAGGAUUCACAAAAUACUCUAUAUUCAGUCAAAGAAAUAGCAAUUCUAAACGUUAAUUUGAAGCGUGAUAAGUUCGUUGCAAACAGAUGUGCAUGCAAUUUCCUUGUCGAUUUUAAUAGCGUGGGUCGUGGUUCAGUGAUUCGUAACGAAACUUUAAACUGAACUAACUUCCGAAAUUUUGCACGCAUCUUUUUAGCUUUUGGAGCACAUUGACAAAAAUGACGAAAAUACUGGCAGAUUCGCUGAACUUGUGGGAGAAGUACUAUUGUAUCUUUGUCAACAUUCUUCAGACUUCAAUUAUAGUUGUAAACUAGUGCAUAAUUAUUAACAAUAGUCAUUACUUAAGACCCAUUUCAAAGAGCGAGCUACACCUGUGCUACUUAAUGUUAAGGUAGCUAGAUGUAGUUUUUAAAAAAAUGAAAAAUUCACGAUUUAGAUCGGUAUGUUUUGAGAAUAAUUCAGAGCCUCUUUUAAGGAUGUGUAACUGGGGGGGCAUAUUUUACGGGGGACCUGGAGAAGUUCCUGUCGGCAAGUCUGUAUCACCGCAGCUACAAGCAUAUAUAUGCAUGGUUUAACUAAUAAUUAUAUGUCACAACGCAGCAGAUCAGACCAAUAACUAGGAUUCUGAGACAAACAAGUUGAGCAUCGAAGGUGUGAGCCGUCUAGAGAAGUCUGGAGGCUUCCUCCCCAGAAAAUUUUGGAUUUCCUGAAGCUUAGAUAAGCUAUUUCUAGCAUUUUGAGGAGUGUUCCAGCAAGAAAUUAACCUUAUAAACAGAGACACAAUUACUGCAAUUUUACAAUCUCCCAAAUGUAAUCCAGUCCCAAUAAGGCAACAUGAUGUGAUGAUGCGGUGAUGAAAAUGUGCGUGGUAUGGUAUUAUCAUUCACCACACUUCAAAUUCUACAAUACUGUAUUACAUGUGUUGGGGUACUUGACAUCGACGCAUUCGUCUUCUCAGUGUCACUAAAAUGCAAGAUAGGUCAGUCUCUUUGUCAGUAUCUUUGCUUGGAAAAACUAAACUAGAAUUUCGUCCUAAAAUGCCAUUCCAUGCCUUUUUCCACGAGCAAAUUAUUUCAGCCAUGGUUUAAGCCCGCCGCACACGAGAGCAACUUGCUGAGCUAACCGCCUCGCGAGGCCGUUAGCUCAGCUAUGUAUUUUCACCGCACACGUUGGGAAAACUACUCAACAACAACAUAAUUAACAAAAUUAUUUGCAUUUUCCUCCAUUUUGUUCCAUGUCACAUGAAGAAACCAUGGUUUGUCAUUGGCUAAUUGAUUCAAACAGCUCAGCACUUUGCUCACAACAUUCGCAGACGCUGAGAUUUUUUCCUCGCGAGGCGAAAAAUAUCAAACACGAUAGAUAUUUUCCUCAAGGCCUCGAGAGGUCAAAUCCUCACGAAAACUAUCCGCACACGAGUGCUACUUGCUGAGCUAACCGCCUCGCGAGGCGGUUAGCUCAGCAAGUUGCUCUCGUGUGCGGCGGGCUUUAGGUUUCUGGCGAUGUUUAAAUUUCAGUCCCCAAAUUCCUACCGAGUCAACGGACUGUUUUGUAUUAGAUGUUGUGAAUCGACUCGCAAUUUUAUAAACAAGCGUCAAACAAAUCUAUUUCCAACCAGGCCUUAAAUUAUAUUUUACAGAACCGUCUGCAACCUCCCACACACGAGAGAGACUUGCUGAGCUAACCGCGCCUCGAGUGGCAGCUACUCAGUAGCUCAGCUAUGUAUUUCCACCGCACACCACAUCUCAGCGUCUGAGAUUUUUCCCUCGCGAGGUGAAAAAUAUCAAACACGAUAGAUAUUUUCCUCAAGCCUGCUGCACACGAGAGAAACUUACUGAGCUAACCGUCUCGAGUGGCAGCUAGCUCAGCUAUGUAUUUCCACCGCACACGUUGGGAAAACUACUCAAUAACAACAUAAUUGACAAAAUCUUUUGCAUUUCCCUCCAUUUUGUUCAAAGUCGCAUGAAGAAACUAUGGUUUCUUAUUGGUCAAUCGAUUCGAGCAGCUCAACACUAAGCUCACAACAUCCUGCACAGACGCUGAGAUUUUUUCCUCGCGAGGUGAAAAAUAUCAAACACGAUAGAUAUUUUCCUCAAGGCCUCGCGUGGUCAUAUCCUCACGAAAACUAUCCGCACACGAGAUAAACUUGCUGAGCUAGCUGCCACGCGAGGCGGUUAGCUCAGCAAGUUGCUCUCGUGUGCGUCAGGCUUUAAACAACACGAGUUGUACUGUAAAUCAAGCACACAACUCAUCUAAGCUGUCGUAUGUGAUUUACACAGUACUACUCAAGUUGCAUUAUUAUACAACUUGUAUAAGCAAGUUGCAUAUGGAACUGAAUUUUAGGCAAAAGUUGUGUAUUCUAAAUCUACCUUCAUAGUGCUAUAGCCUAUAUAUAAUACUGUAGCCCAUCCCUAUCUGCACGUGCGCAUUUGUGAAAGAGUUUUUAUUUGCUAGGAAUCACGAAAGUCUGUAUUACUGCGAAUGCCAAAAUAUAUACCUAACUCAAAAUUUCGCUUUGAACGCCAUAUAAACGUAAGAAAUAAGAAUUCCCGUAUAAACAAACAUAACGGGCAUAAUUCGCAGUUAGAAAUUCGUCAGCUCUCGUGCAAUGAAAAACUAUGAACAAACUUAAUUACCAGAAAUGUCGCAACAACGAUGUCGCUUCUUUCGUUCUGCGAAACGAUGCUUUAUAUUUUCGCUAGCCAAAAUUAUUCUAUCAACAUAUGCCAACACAAAUACUUCGUUUCUUUGUAAUACUUCACUUUGAAAAUUGUUACGGGUGCUAAAGCGUCCCAACUCAAGAGCAUGCGCUUUAGAAACUGCUGCAAGUUAUCUUGCACUUCCGGUUCGGUGUGUCAUGUCCGAGGCCCUGGGGACGAUGAUGAUCCAAAACGUUAUAUAUUACACAUGUACUAUACUAUAAAAUAAAUUAUGUUCGUAGUAGAAGCUUUUCCCUAAAUUAUUUCCUUUCGAAGGGAAUUAUUCUUCUUUUCGGUAACAGGCGAUUCAUGUCAUUCAUACAACCGACUAGGUGCUACCCCACCACCUUUAUACCCAUGCUUAUUUAUUCGUGGUCUUACACUACCAUGUAUAUCAACACAGUGGUUGUGGUAGGUCUUCAAGUAUUCACACGGAUUGAGAAGUCUCCUUUUCAUCUUAUUCCUUAAUACCCAAAUCAGUUUGUUUACCGCUCCAAGGACAUUCAUAUCAUAAUCCAACUCCGCCUGAACAGACUCGUCUAAAGGUUGUGUAAGCACAAAAAUGUACGCAUCGUGUGAACCGAAAUAGCUUACUCCACAAUAUCCAAGUUUUCCGCCCAUAUUGCAUCUUUUUUCCUGACGUCCAUGGCGUGUCAAGACGUAAGAUGUUUUAGUUUUUACUAGAAAUGUUUUGUUUAUCAUUUCAAAUCCUUCGCCAAGAUAAAUAUCCAUGUUCAUCAUAACCACAAACCGAUUUUGGAGCCUGUCGUUUACGUAAUCGAAAAAAUCUCUGUAUUUCGGCAAGGCGUUGAUGCGAUAAACAAAUAUUUUGUGUUUGUUGUGAAAAUUUUGUUCGCUCAAUCUUUGUUCGGCUAAUGGCUGAUUAACGAGAAGAUCAACAGUUGUGACUAAAGUGUGGUUGAGAUUUUUCUGUAAUGUUUCUUCUAUUUCCUCCUGUCGUUGCCAUAGUCUGGAUCUGUUGGUGUCUGUUUGGUUUUCGUUCCAAGGUUUUUCAGUCAUCAGGGGAUAGUUAGUUAUUACAUGGAUAUCUGAUUCCUCCUUCUGAGAUGGGGCGUCAUAACGGUUAUUCAAAACAGCGUUUAGCCAGGCGAAGCCGUGUAAGGUAAAAAUCGCUCCAGAAACCAAAAAUAACUUCAAGAACACUUUCCGUUUAAGGAUGGCCAUUCCUUGCAGGAUUCAGGAUAAUUACUAGGGAUUUAUCUAUUAGAAGGCGACACGUGUUGGUUUGAUUUACCAAGUGAAGACUUAUGAUGCGUUUCUUCAAAAUCGAUCUUUCACAUCAGCCUAAAUAUAGAUUAUGAAUCUUUUAACAUAAAUAAAAUAUUAAUCUUCUAAAGAUUAAUAACUUACAGUCAAACCGGAUAUUCUGUUCAAUUGCAAUUUUGAUUGCGAGAUUGCUCUGAGGAAGUUGUAACGGACGUGAUCAAAUUGCAAGUUGAAAUUCACAACCAGAUUUGUAAACAAAGUCUUUGAUUGGCUACUAGUAGCAAAGAAGAACCAAUCCAUUUGCUCAGAGUAUUUCAUUGGUUCUUCUUUGCUACUAGUAGCCAAUCAGAGACUUUUUUUACAAAUGUGGUUGUGAAUAUCAGGUCGGUUGCAACUUGCUCAGAGCAAUCUCGCAAUGAAAAUUGCAAUAUUCCGAACAACAUUGCAAUAUUCCCUGAAUAUAUACAGAACAUCCGGUUUGACUGUAACAGUUUAAAACAAAACAAUUCCUUUGAUCAAAUUAUGGUUGUCUUAACGAGAUGGACUCUGCACGGUUAUCAAAAAACUGCACAGUUCGAAAAUUUGAACUGUUUUUUACAGUUUCAAUAUUAGUUUGUAAAUCUCUGAAUGGUAAAACUUGCCAAUACUCCAAUAAUACGUUUCAAAAAAGACAAAAAAGCUUUAGUUUGCAGAGCCAAAUUCUCAAACGUGUAAGGCACUAAUAAGAUGAAAGUAUCACGAAAUUAUUUGAAUAAACCACAUCGCACAUAUGGGGGGCGAAUAUCCUAAAGGGGCAAUAUUCCUAGGGUAUUUUCCCUCCUGGGAGGCGAUUUCCCUAGGAUAUUCGCCCCCGGGGGCGAUAUUCCUGCGAUAUUCCUAGGAAUAUCGCCCCCCCCCCCCUUUGAGAGGGGGGCGAAUCUCCUAGGGGGGCGAAAGUCCUGUGACAACGGCAUGGGCAAAUAGCAGUAGCUUUUUAAAAAUCCUAUCUUACCCCCCAAAGGGAUGCAACUACCUGAAAAAUAUAAGGAGAAUUUCGAUGUUUCGGUCGAAGGCCAUUCCUCUGGAGUUACUAUCGGGGUUCGGGAUAAGUACAUGAGCUUUAGACUAAGAAUAUAAAUAUAAAAGCGAUCACAUUGCAAAAUAUAAAUCAAUCAGAUGCAUGCAUUUGGUCAAAACAAAAAGUAUAAACAAAAAAUGUAAAUCACAUUACACAAUAUACUAAUACAAAUAUACGGAAAACUGCAGCAAAUACACAACAAAAUAUAUGAAACAAGCAUGGAAUAAGGUAAGAAGUACUGUUAAUGUCUGCUUCAGACAGGCAAAGACAGAGUUAAACAUAGGAAAAACGUUCAUUAAUGUCAUAGGGGUGGAAAUGUCAAAGUGCCAAGUUUGGAAAUGAGGUACUAGAAAUGGGACAAUCUCAUACUAUGUAAAGUAUAUUAGGAUAUUACAGUUUAUAUGGCUAAGCCGGGAAUUUUACUUUUCUCACGAGGGAAUUUAACUUGUCAGUUGUCAUGUAAUGACAGAGACUAAGCCACAUUAUCAAAAUCACUCAAAACUAGUUGCAAAGAAAUGUGAACAUGCUCGCCAUUCUACCAUGUCGAAACUUUAAUAUCCUAAAAUACUCUUAACGGAUUGAAAUAGAAAAUGAUAAACAGUGAUUACUGUAAGUGUUCGAGGAAUAACCCCUUGGUCAUGGCUUACAAUUUUCAAGAAAUUAAGUAGUGAAUUGCAGAAAAAUGGCGAUUUAACGAUUUAAUGAGAUUCGGCGACCAACAAAAAUACAACAUGUAUAGUGCCUGGUAAUAUGCGCCAUUUUACAUAAUUACAUUAGCAUUAAUCUAGACAGUGUAACAAACUUACAAAAUCACAUCGACAACUAAUAACAUCUUAAUACACCAUCCAAGGACCUGAUCCUUCAACAUUUAACACAUACAAAUUUCUAUGUACGAGGAUCAUUACAACUGUAUGUGUUACAUAGCGCGUUCUCAUAAGCCUGUGUUGCAUAGCACGUGUUGCGUAGCGCGUUCUCGUAGCCCUAAUUUAGAAGCACGCAGUCCAAUAUCUCCAUAAUGAAGGUCACAACUUAAAAUGUUCAAUCGGUCUUACUAGCUCUAAUAAAGUAAGAAAUCUGGAAAGUAACUGUCUUUGCAAAUGGUAUUGUGAAUUUGAUAAAGUUCUUGUCUGUUUCGCUUCUGGUAAUUCCGCAUCCUCUUAUUGUUGGUCAAACACUUUCGUCUAUAUGUGCUUUGCAAAUGGUAUUGUGAAUUUGAUAAAGUUCUUGUCUGUUUCGCUUCUGGUAAUUCCGCAUCCUCUUAUUGUUGGUCAAACACUUUCGUCUAUACGUGUAAUAGAGGUGUGCAUCGGAUCGGAUUGGACGUUUAUAAUCCGACAAUUGCCUAAUGUUUAAAAUCCGAUCCGAUCCGAAAUUGUCUAAUCCGAAUCCGAUCCGUGUUUUGAUAAAGAAUUCCAAUCCGAUUCGAUGAUUUCUUUAAUAAAAUAAAUUUCUCAUUCAAGUUGAAAUAUUUAACCAAAUAAAUAUAAAAGCAAGAAAUAUACAUGUCAAGAAGCUGACAAAGUGACGUCCAAUUGAAGUAUCAUACGAAUAAUGCAGCGACAACCGCGAUAAUGCUUUGAUAAAUGCAUGGAUCGACGCUGUACUUAAUAUCGUGUUUAAAUAAAAGCUUAUUAUUAUUAUUAUUAUUAUUAUGGAUAAUUAAUUCUUGCGAUAAUGCGUGGAUAAUUAAUUCAUUUUAUUUCGGAUAUCGAAGUCCGAUCCGACUACGAAACAACUUUAUCAAUCCGAUCCGAAAUGAAUAUUUUAGUUCCAAAAUCCCAACGAAUCAAGUAUUCGUGGUAAAAAGGUAAAUGAUAAAAGGUCAAGUUGCAGUAUAGAACAUUGCAUGUGAGAAAGCCGAGCUUUAAAAAGCUAUGGUAACCAUGGCUUUUUAAAACUUAUGCAUUAUCAAAAAAUUUUUUUGAAUAUUCUACAAGCAUUCCAAGAAUGUGACGCUUGGGCGCGAAGCCAACAUCGGUGCUUCUUGACGUAUAUACGAAACUAAGGGGCGGACCAAUAGAAAUCCCGGGAGGGGUGUGUGUGAAAAUUUCCCCAAAAAACGUCGUGCAAAGAAAAAUGCCUGGGAAAAAAUUCGUUCAGCCAUUAUGUCAGAGAAAAAAAAAUCGUGCAAGCAAACAGCAAAGUGUAAAUAGUCUUGAAAAAAAAUUCUUGCAGAGGUUAACUGCAUAAAAAAAUCCUGCAGAGACACGAGGCUGAAAAAAAAACGUGCCGCAAAAAUUGUCUGUUGUCCUUUGGGUGAUUCUGACUGGGCUGGCAUUACUGUUCGGUGGUGGUAUUGACGUACAGGUUUUAUCUGGGUUUGGUACAUGAGGAUUGAUUAUUGAGGACUGGUAAUAAGGCGUACCAGGGAGUAUUGGUGCCUCGGGCGUUGUUGGGAUGUCGUGGAUGCAAAUCCCGUUGACUGCGCUGAUUUGGCCGAAGAUCUAGUAGUCGUGGGGGGGGGGGGUAUAGGGUAAGAGCGCUUUCGAAAAAAAAAUCCAUUUUGCAUGUUUUGUGGGAUAUUGGAGCCUCGGGAAUUGUGUAGGUGAAUUGGAAGCGAGUGCCGUUGACUGCAUGCGCUGAUUCAGCCGAAGAUUUAGAUCGUUGUUUAGUGCUCGAGGAGAUAGGACACAGGGACGUUUUCGAAACAAAUUCCAUUUUGCUGGUUUCGUAGAUGCUGUUGUUGCGAACUUGGAUUAAACAGAGGGUGCUAUCGGUUUAGGAUUUCCGUCAUUUUGAAUUUCAUCGUGACUUUCACUGCUCCUGGCUACUUGAAUUUGUGGGAUGUAAUUUUCAAUCAGGGGUAGUUCACCGAUAUACAGGGCUUUUUUCGCUUAUUAAGGCCCUGUCGCACUAUUGCGUAUGAGAGAAACGUAUGAGAAGCGUAUGAAAAUUAAUGAGAUCAUUUUCAUUUCAAUCUCCCCAAUUUACCUAGAGUAUGCUUAUCGUAUAAACCAUACACCAAAUACGCACAAAAUUUUUUAAGCAUGCUUAAAAAAAGUCUCUGUCUCUCCGGGCCUUGCCGUAUGCCAACGUAUAUGCCGUGCUUGAAACGUGUGCAACCUAUACGUGCACCAGCGUAUGAGUGAUAUUUUUCAUACGCUGACGUACAUAUAUAGAAGAAGGUCAAGGCGAACAUGGGCCAUGCAUGAUCAAUUGUCAGCCGGGCAACAAUUAUAUAUAAUGAGAGUCUUUGUAUGCAAAUCAGUAGCACAAAGCAUAACAAUGCGAUACCGGCUACCAAUGACGAUGACUAAAUGAUUCUUUGUUAUGACAAAUUAUCCUAUAGCACGCAACCGAAAUCUUCAAACUCAGUAUUUACUAGACAAUUCAAACAUACAUAGCUGAUAACUGAUAUAUUCAGGGCCGUAGCGACCGGGGGUGUGAGGGGGUGUAACACCCCCCUGAUAAUUGCUCACGAGCUAUUUCAGAUAGAUUUCCAUGCUGUGGAUUUUUAGGUACAUUCAGGUAAUUCUUAGGGCAUAAAAAAGUGAACUCUAUCACGGCUCAGAAUUAGAGUUAACAAUCGACCAAAUAAAGACGUUGAGAGGCGUCGUGGAGACCAAAUACCCUUACGGUCCGGAGACUCCAAUUUACAAAAUUUUCUCAAUUUUUGUAGUCACAUUAAUUAAACUGUAAGUAGGCUAAUAAUAAUACUUAUGCUCAUUGUUUGGCAAUACUAAAAUAUUGAAAUAUUGGGUAUAGGAAAGACUCUAAAAAUGCUAUUUCCGACUGUCUGGAGACUUCAAAUUUUCAAAAAAUGUUGCUCGGCACCAACCAUGGUGGCGCUUCGCAAAUCAGGUAAAACGUUAAGUUGGAAAAAAUCAGGUAAAUUGGCAUCUUCGCCCUUGAAGGUUCGUGUAAUAUCUACACGAGAGUCAAGCUAGUUGUCGAAUGUCUGCACUUGACUCUUGAGAUCAAGCAUUUCAUGUACAUGAAGACAAUUGCCUGCACGUCACGUCAUUGUCAGGCAAAAGAUGUUUUGAUGGAUUGCAAUUUGCCUGACGUAAGCACUCAAAGGGUUAUUAACUUUGAAAUAUCGAAUUUGAGACAGUGUGAAAAAUUAUUGGAAACAAAUCUAAUAUUUUGCGAUUUUGAGCACUUCCUCAAUGAUUGUGCAGAAUCUAUUUGAAAGAAAACCAUAGAAAUGUUGUUUACAUUGGCAUUGCCCUACGAACAGUGGUGCGAAGGUGGUUUGAUAAUUAAGGAAUUCACAAGCAAUUUUUCAAUUCCUUUUGUGAAGUAUGUGGAUAAAUUUAAAUAAUUAUAACUGCGGAAAAUGUUGCAUUGCUUCAUUGGUGUUCAAUGGGAGUUGUUUAUAGUUGUUUUUUGCAGAGAACAGGAAAGAAGGGUUCGCAUCUUGCUGUAAAAUAUCACUGUCGGAGAGUGAAAAAUAUCAAAGUAUUGUUGAUAGCUGUGUUGCUUUUGCUUCUUGCUCCUUGGUAAGUGCGUUAUUUUACACCAACAUAUAGAUUAAAGUAAAUUUAAACCCCCGCCUAUAGUUAACCAACUAUAUAUUUCGUGUUCUCGUGUCACAUGUGUGAGACCAAUUAUAGGACUCAAACAAUUAAAUUAGCAUUCCAUUGUACAGGAGAUUAGUUGGACAAUUAGCAUAUAGCAAUUACUUAAUAUAUUCAUAUUUUGAAUAUAUAAAAGAAACGGUUGAAAGUAUUCGGCAUAGUCAACAUCAAACAGUCAAAACGAAACGAAUUUAAUUCUACCUGAAUGAUCAAGAUCUACAAUUCUACUCGAAUAUUACAAUCGAUCGCCCAGUUGGGGAAUUAUCUGUAAGUUUGUUUAUUUAUUUUACUAAAUUAUUGUAGACUAGGUAGUUUAUUUGUUUUUGUAUUUACUUAUAGUUGAACCGUAUUAAAUCGUAUUAUUUACGCGUUCGAAUGUCUUGAUUCGGCGAUCGAGGAGUAACAUAGUUCAAAGAUAUCUCGACUCAAGAAUCUACUCGAAAGAAUUGAACGCUAGUAGGCUACUCGAAUGUCAGUUAUCUAUUAUGUCUGUGUCGCAAUCAACAAAUCAAAGCGAAACCGGUCAAGACGAGCAUGAAGACCAGGAUGCCAGCGCUCGGUCACGAAACCCAAACCUGACUCUUGAUCACGAAGGAAUUCGAUACGAAAGGUCUCAGCAAUUAAGAAGAAAUCGCUCAGCUGCUAAAGGAGUUGUUACUAAAAAGAUUAAAGAAUUGACCGAACUGACAACAAGUGUACUAGACGCCAGCGAAGCUCGAAUAAAGGCUCAAGAAUUCAAGGACGUAGCAGUGAAAUUUUACCUCGCUCACGCCGAUUAUCAUGUAACGAUCAUGGACGAGUAUGAUUUACAAGACUCCGAAGAAUAUUUUCAUAACGAAACUCAAAGAAUCGAAGCUUUUAAGCGAACACUAGCGGACUGGAUUCAUAGUUUGUCAAACCCAAACCCGUCGCCAUUGGAGUGUGAAAUCAAUUCAAACGACUCAAUAAGCAAUGUUGGCUCCAAAACUCGGUCACGUCGGAGUGCCAAAGGCUCGGUAUCAAGUUCUCGACGAUCCCGGGUUAGCUCGUCGGCGCAAAGUGCAAUGGCGGCAGCAGCAGCAAAAAAGGCUAUGUUAACAGUACGAGCGGCCGCGUUAGAUAAAUACAAAGCUCUCGAAGAAGAAGAACUUCGCAUACAGCACGAAAUAGCAGCGCUAAAUCAACGACAAGAGGAACAAAGACUGCGUUGUCAACAGAGGAAAAAGGAACUAGAAGAGCGGCCGCGUUAGAUAAAUACAAAGCUCUCGAAGAAGAAGAACUUCGCAUACAGCACGAAAUAGCAGCGCUAAAUCAACGACAAGAGGAACAAAGACUGCCGCGUUAGAUAAAUACAAAGCUCUCGAAGAAGAAGAACUUCGCAUACAGCACGAAAUAGCAGCGCUAAAUCAACGACAAGAGGAACAAAGACUGCGUUGAGACAGAAAUCGCGAAAGCCGACGCAGAAGAAAAAGCGUAUGCUGGAACUUUACUUCGGGACGAGCCACAACCAACGACGUUCGAUGGUCUUACAAUAGACACUGGAGUGCAGGGAGACCAAAAAUCAACUCAAGUCAAAUCGUCUAUUCAUAGUGCGAAGCUAAGAGGAGAAACCAAAAAAGAUGAUGCUUCUGACGACUCAGAGACGGCAGAAAACUUCCUGCGAGAGAUGGUAAAUGUACAACAGCUCCAGCUGAAUCAAAAUCAACAGAUGUUUGAAUCACAGCAAUAUCGGGAUCAAUACAUGCAACAACUAUUGAAUCAACAAUAUCGACUGGCUACAUCCAUGACAUUACCGAAUGUUGAAGUUCCGACCUUUAGCGGUGACCCAAUAGAAUAUUGCCACUUUAUACGAUCGUUCGAGACCCUUGUUGAAGACAAGACGAUGAACAGUGGCGCAAGGCUUCAUUACCUGAUUCAAUAUACGUCUGGAGAUGUCCAGGAAUUGAUGCGAAGCUGUUUAACGAUGAAAUCAGAAGACGGCUACCGAAAGGCAAGAUCGCUCCUUAAACAGAGAUACGGGCAAAAUUACAGAAUAGCAACUGCUUACAUAGAUCGAAUUGUGAACUCACCACCUAUCAAAGACGAAGAUGGAACAGCACUUCAUAAGUUUUCUAUUCUGAUUACAAGUUGCAAGAACACCUUAGAAGAUAUUGGAUACAAGCACAAACUUGAGAAUCCAGACAAUUUGCAAAGGGUUGUGAAUAGGCUACCGUUUUCCCUUAGAAGAUCGUGGCGUGACGUCGCCGACGACAUAACAAGCAACCAAUCGAGGGACAUUACGUUUGAAGAUCUUGCUAAGUUCGUAGAGAAGAAGGCUAGAGCCCUGACGCACCCAGUGUUUGGCAAAAUAAUCAACGACCAGAAUCCCAAGUUCAAGUUACCCAGGAACAAACUUUCCUUCGGGGUGGACGGCGAAGCAAAUUCAAAGAAGACGGAGACGUCCACUGGAAGCGCACAUGUGUUUAAUAUAGAAGCGAAGAAGUACAAAUGUCCAAGGUGUAACGGUGACCAUCUGCUGCCUCGUUGCGAGAGAUUCAAACGUGACACGGUCAAAGAAAGAGUUAACUUAGUGCGAAGAAAGGGUUUGUGUGACAAUUGCCUGUUCCAAGGACACAUCGCAAGAGCUUGCCCGAAAGAAAGUUUCUGUAAGGUAACCGGUUGCCAAUCAAAGCAUUCCACUUAUUUGCACCCGCUGAAUAUUAAACCAGACGAAGGGGAUAAAUUACGCAGUGAACGUUCGAAGAACCCCGAUCAUCAAGAAUCCGACGUAGGCAACAAGAUUACCGGACAGAAUGGCUUUGUUAACAGCGAAGAUAGCUUAAGUGACGUCAACGGGGCCGGUGCAUCUCUGAUAGGAUUAGCGGUUGUUCCCGUUAAAGUCAAAUCAAAAAAUUCUAACCGGACAGUGUUAACAUAUGCAUUCUUGGAUCCCGGAUCGAAUACUACAUUUUGUACUCGCGAACUAAUGGAAGAACUAGGCAUUGAAGGAGAGAACACUGUGCUGUCGUUGACCACCUUACAGUCCGAAAAUCAUUCAAUGAAAAGUCAAGUGUUGAGUUUAGAAGUUUACGACUUAGAAGAGAACGAUCUUGUUGAACUCCCUACAGUGUUUUCAACUUCAACGCUACCGAUAAACGAAUCCAGUAUUCCUCGGCAGUCUGAUAUCGAUAGGUGGCCAUAUUUGUCUGAUGUUAAGAUCACUGAAAUCGACGCCAGUAUCGGUUUACUCAUCGGCAACGAUGUGCCUAAAGCAUUGGAACCGAAGGAAACGAAAGAAAGCGAAGGAUUCGGUCCAUACGCAGUAAGAACGAUAUGUGGAUGGACAAUCAACGGACCUCUUGGAAGAAAUGGAAGUUACAAUCGCUCCUCCAACUUUAUCCGUGCGGAUGAUGUGUUGAAUGAACAGUUCAAAAGUUUCUGUAACAUUGAAUUUAGCGAUUCUACCUUCGACAAUAAAGUUGAGAUGUCCAGAGAAGAUCAGCGAGCCGUUAACAUUCUCGAGAACUCUGCCAAACUGCGUGGUGGUCAUUACGAGUUAGCUCUGCCCUGGAAGAACUCUUCACCUUCGUUGCCAAACGAUCGUCCUGUCGCUGAGCAUCGCCUUGCUCUGUUGAAGAGAAGAUUCAAUAAAGAUCCCAAGUUGUUUUCAAGAUAUGCAGAUGUGAUGGAUAAUUUGUUAGACAAAGGAUAUGCAAUGAAAGUUCCUGACAAAUCAAUGGAAAUGCACGACAAAACCUUGUGGUAUUUACCUCACCACCCAGUGAUUAAUCCAAACAAGCCUGAAAAGCUGCGAGUAGUGUUUGAUUGUGCUGCGACUUAUCAUGGUGCGUCUCUCAACGAUCAACUGCUUCAGGGACCGGACUUAACGAACGGUUUGAUUGGUGUAUUAAUUCGUUUCAGACAAGAUCUAGUGGCAUUAAUGGCGGACAUUGAAUCCAUGUUCCAUCAGGUUCAUGUUCCUGACAAAGAUAGAGAUGUUUUGCGCUUCUUGUGGUGGCCUGGUAACGAUCUUGAUGCCAGACCCGAAGAGUACCAAAUGACAGUCCACUUGUUUGGUGCUAAAUCUUCGCCAACCUGUGCAAAUUUUGCAUUGAGAAAGACAGCAACCGACAAUGCGGAGGAAUUUAGUAAGAACGUAGUUGAAACGAUAAAACGAAACUUUUACGUAGACGACUGUCUCAAGUCCGUUGCAGACGAAGAUGAAGCUAUUACCUUGGCAGGUGAUCUCCGCGAUAUACUGCAAAGAGGUGGUUUCCGUUUGACAAAAUGGGUUUCGAACUCCCCAAAGGUCGUCGCUUCCAUACCAGAACCCGAGAGAGCUGGUUCCGUGAAGGACGUAUGCCCUGGUCAGCCAACCCUCGAGCGAGCACUUGGUGUUCAGUGGAAUGUUGGUCUAGAUCAGUUUGGAUUUAAGAUAAAGAUGAAGGAAAAACCAUCCACAAGAAGAGGAGUACUUUCCUUAGUCAGUUCUGUGUAUGAUCCUCUGGGAUUCGCUGCUCCGUUUGUUCUGGUUGCUAAGAUGCUGAUGCAGGAGUUAUGCCGAAAGAACUUAAGUUGGGACGAUCCUAUUCAGGGAGAAUAUCUCAAACGAUGGGAAAAUUGGCAAACGCAACUAAUGAAAAUUGAGCAGCUCUACGUGCCAAGAUGCUUCAAACCUCCCGAAUUUGGGAAUAUCGUGUCAAGUCAAUUGCACCAGUUCGCAGAUGCCUCUGAACGUGCGUACGGCGCAGUUAGCUACCUUCGAUUGGUAAAUGAACGUGGUAACAUUCAUGUUUCGUUUGUGAUUGGCAAAGCUCGUUUGGCACCGCUCAAGGUAGUUACGAUCCCUCGACUCGAAUUAUCUGCAGCUGUUGUAGCUACCAGACUGGAUAAGAUGGUACGCAACGAAAUCGAGAUCUCGAUCGACGCUUCCAUUUUCUGGACAGAUAGUACAACUGUGCUUGGCUAUAUCCUUAACGAAGAGAAAAGAUUUAAAACCUUCGUGGCAAAUCGCGUGGCUGUGAUACACGAAACUACCGUACCGUCGCAGUGGAAAUAUGUGAGUACUCGGUUGAAUCCAGCUGACGACGCCUCCCGAGGUCUCUCUGCCGAUGCUCUACUCCACAAUGAAAGAUGGCUGAGUGGACCUGAUUUUCUUCGCAAGACCGAAGACCACUGGCCAAGUCAACACUAUAAUUCUGCCGCGACCCUUGAGGAUGAUCCAGAAGUAAAGAUAGAACCACAAACAUUUGCCACGGUUACAGGAACCCUAGAAGGAACCCUAGAAGAUCCCUUGGAUCAGAUCUUUAAACGAUUUUCGUCGUGGACCCGCCUUAGAAGUUUCAUAGCCUGGGUGCUUCGUUAUCGUUCGAAACUCCGCGAAGCUGUACGUAGAAGAAGAGAAGGACAAUACGGGUCACUGAAGGCUGGAGUUAUUAAUCCAAUUAGUGUUGAAGAGUUGGUUCGCGCAGAGAACGAGGUCGUGAAACACGUUCAGGGAACAAGCUUUCGAGAGGAGCUGAUACGUUUAGGUGAUCAAUCCAUCAAUGAUACAACGAACGAGUUAAAAGUCAAGUAUGUUAAGAAAUCCAGUCCUAUCUAUAACCUGGACCCACAGUUGAUUGAUGGUAUUCUACGCGUUGGUGGCCGUCUGAAGAACGCUCCAAUACCAAGAGAAAGCAAGCAUCCUAUAAUCGUCCCAAAGAAUAACCAUAUUUCCAACUUGAUCGUGCGAUACUAUCAUCAAAUCUCCGCUCACGCGGGACGCGAACAUGUUUUGUCACUCCUAAGGGAACGUUUCUGGAUAGUUGGAGCAAGAAUCAUGGUGAAACGAAUCCUCAAUAACUGUGUUGAUUGUCGAAAGAGACAGGGUCCACGUGGGGAGCAGAAAAUGGCCGACCUACCAAAGGACCGAGUUAUCCCUAAUAACCCACCUUUCACCUUCGUUGGGGUAGAUUGCUUCGGGCCAUUCCUGGUGAAGAAGGGGCGAAGUCUCGUGAAGAGGUAUGGCGUUCUCUUCACGUGUUUAACGAUUCGAGCCAUUCACAUUGAGAUAGCCUACAGUCUUGAUACUGAUUCGUUUCUACAGUCCAUGCGAAGAUUUAUUGCCAGACGUGGUCAUCCGGAGGUUAUGAGAUCUGAUAAUGGAACUAAUUUUGUGGCCGGAGAAAAAGAACUUCGUAACGCAAUCGAAGGAUGGAACCAAGAGAAAUUGCAUAAGUUCCUUUUACAACGACACAUAAAAUGGAUUUUCAAUUCGCCUACCGCCUCCCAUCAGGGUGGUGUAUGGGAACGAUGUAUACGCACUGUUCGCAAGGUUUUGAAAGGACUUUUCAAGCAGCAAAUACUCGAUGACGAAGGAUUAACUACAUUGAUGUGUGAAGCAGAAUCAAUCGUGAAUAGCAGACCUUUGACUAAAGUUUCCGAUGAUCCUAACGAUGCAGAAGCGUUGACACCAAACCACUUAUUGUUAUUACGAUCUGGUCCGUCUUUCCCUCCGGGAAUCUUCACGAAGGAAGAGCGUUACAGUCGCCGCAGAUGGAGACAAAUACAAUAUCUAGCUGAUAUAUUUUGGCGCCGAUGGGUAAAGGAAUAUCUUCCUACAUUACAGAAGAGGCAGAAGUGGACCAAGCCGCGCAGAAAUUUCCAAUUGGGAGACAUUGUGCUCAUCGUUGAUGAAAAUUAUCCAAGAUGUUCCUGGCCUCUUGGUCGCAUUACAGAAGUCAAGUCAGGGAAGGAUGGUUAUGUCAGACGAGUAAGUUUGAAAACAAAGUCAACGAUACUGGAACGCCCAAUUAACAAGAUUAUCUUCCUGGAGGCUGAUGGUAUUGAGAAAGAAUGAACUUCAACCUGAUAUUCAGAAGUAGCUGAACUUGGACUAAAAUAUUAGACUUUAAUUUAUAAUAACGUUUUCUUAAGUUUAGAAUUUAAUUAAGCCUUCCGUUUGAUUCCUUAAAUAUAUUUUGUAAAUGUCAAGCCUGCAUUUAGGGGCCGGAAUAUAGGACUCAAACAAUUAAAUUAGCAUUCCAUUGUACAGGAGAUUAGUUGGACAAUUAGCAUAUAGCAAUUACUUAAUAUAUUCAUAUUUUGAAUAUAUAAAAGAAACGGUUGAAAAUAUUCGGCAUAGUCAACAUCAAACAGUCAAAACGAAACGAAUUUAAUUCUACCUGAAUGAUCAAGAUCUACAAUUCUACUCGAAUAUUACAAUCGAUCGCCCAGUUGGGGAAUUAUCUGUAAGUUUGUUUAUUUAUUUUACUAAAUUAUUGUAGACUAGGUAGUUUAUUUGUUUUUGUAUUUACUUAUAGUUGAACCGUAUUAAAUCGUAUUAUUUACGCGUUCGAAUGUCUUGAUUCGGCGAUCGAGGAGUAACACCAAUUGUAGAGUACUGUACAUGCUCAACUGUGGCACUAUAUAGCAUUCCUGAAUCGGAUAUUUAACGAAUGUCCGUGUAGUUCAGUUUGCAGGUUCGAAACCCAGCCGCGGUAGACAUGCGGUGUUUUCUGCUUGCGUGCUGUCUGAAAAUUAUGAUAUGUAUCUCACUUGAAAACAUUUUCUCCUUAUCAUAUUACCGAGUGAACAAUAACACAACAUAAGUCAUAACACAACAACCUGCAGAACUAGUAUUGUUCGAUGCUGAAUUAUUAAUAUAAACGAGUAUGUUUAUGGCAUUCAGUAUAUAUAGGCUAAUAUAGCAGUAUUAUUGGGAAUUUCUAUAUUUUUAUAUUUUCUAAAAUUGUCGGCUGGCGGUGAUUCUUGUACUGUACAUUAUAUAUAAUUUAUAUAGUUCUUUUCAAAUUUGGUUAUAAGCUUUGUAACAUUUGAGUAGAAAUAAAUGUAUGUUUGCUUUCCGUUUUGGGGGCACAGAAUAACACUUUGUGAAGCACACCUUUCAUUAAAACAUUCCCGGAAUGAAGUUUCUCGCAAGUUCACCCCUUUCUAGUGCGCUCACAAUGUGUUUGUGCAAUAAAAUACAAUAUAUCAAUAUCUAUUACGAAUAUAUUGCAUGCCCUUGCCAAUGUCCGUUAUAGUUCGCUAGAUGAUGGUAUAAAGAUUUUUUAAAACGUAAUUCGAUCCUACAUUUAAUUGUUGCGAGUUUAUUGGAAGCCCGUAAAUUAUACUUGGGAGAGUUUUCAAUUUAGAUUUGCCAUUUGGUUAGAUAAUGGCGAAGGACGUUUUAGUUAAUUUAAGAAAGUUUGAACCGUAAUGCAAGCCAAGCUUGGAAGGUCAAACACUGCUAAAGCGUUGCUGUAUGAAAGGGUUGGAUAAAUUAUUUUGAACGGAUCGUAGAAAAACAAAAACAUUUUAAGUAUUAUUAUUGUAUGAAAGGGUUGGAUAAAUUAUUUUGAACGGAUCGUAGAAAAACAAAAACAUUUUAAGUAUUAUUAUUAUAUAUAUGUAUAUUAUAUAUAUAUAUAUAUAUAUAUAUAUAUAUAUAUAUAUAUAUAUAUAUAUAUAUAUAUAUAUAUUUUAUACCAAAUAUGUAUUUAGAAUCAUAUAUGAGUAGAGUGCUCGAUAUACCGAAGUAUAGAGCUAAUAAAGAUAAAAUAAACCUGGUUCACUUCAUAAGAUUUAUUCACUACAAACUUGUUUCGUAUGACAAGCAAUGCUUGCCACACUCAUCAGGUGAAUUAAAAAAAAAUGCAAAAAAAAAAAGCAUUGCUUGUCAUACGAAACAAGUUUGUAGUGAAUAAAUCUUAUGAAGUGAACCAGGUUUAUUUUAUCUUUAUCUAUAUCUAUAUAUAUAUAUAUAUAUAUAUAUAUAUAUAUAUAUAUAUAUAUAUAUAUAUAUAUAUAUAUAUAUAUAUAUAUUCGCUAUAAUGAAUGAUUUUUUUGUUUGAUAUGAUCGAUGACAGGAAACGAGCAAUAUAUUUAUUUACAAUUGGACAACUGACUCGACCGAGAAAGGAAAGAACGCAAAAGAAUGUGUGAAGAGCAGGUCAAAAAAAUUGUGUAAAUAGUUGAAGUUCCUUUCUAUAGUGUUCAGUCUUGUGUCAAGUUGUGUGGUUUAUUAUGUUUAUUUAGUAAAGCUUCGAGGAAGGCAAGAAUGUUGUAAUUGUUGGAUUGGAUUAUGUGCAGAAUUCUAAAAUGAUUGAAAAUUGAGUUUUCGAUAGGAGUAGAAUCGUCUUUAUAUAGCAGAAAUAGGAGGUCGUUACGUUGAGAGUUAUAUUGCAUGCAAUCUAGUAUUGCCUUCAACUUAG